GUUGAAAGGUGUCCCGGAAGUGAUACAUACAGCAUGGCAAAAUAAGUGCAGAUCCUAAGGAAACUGUGCAGUUCACGUGUAUCAGGAUUGUUUGACUUUAUUUUGUAAUAGGUGUAUAGUAGCAAGUAACAAUAUGAAGGAACAAUUCAGGGAGACGGAUGUGGCCAAAAAGAUGUGAGUGAUUCCAAACCUAAUGCAAUUAUUAAAUAAUAUUAAACCAGAUGACAGCUUCAUACACUGCAUGCUAUUAUGCUGAAACACCACAGUCAAUAUUUAAUAGUAUUUAUUAAUUGGGUCCCAGACUGACCGUAUUUUACAUGUACAUAGUAUCUUAAUAGAAAGAUUAAUAUAUAAAUAAAAAAUAAGUGAUGUUAUUCAGGAUAUGGACCAUAAAAUCCAAAAUGCAAGUUGUAUUUUUCAGUGCUUUUAUAAUGGUUUAAUUGGUAAAAGCCCCUAUGCCUUUACAAAAUGUUAUUUAAGGUACACAUCACAAUUCUUGGAAAUGAAACUAAUGCAUCAAAUGAAUUAAUAUUAUAGUUUAUAAAGCAAAGGUGUGUGAUGAAUAUGGCAUGUUUGGAGUGGUGAAUGAUGAACACUGCAAUAUACUACUGACAAGUACAUAGUGAUCAAUACACUAAAGGUAUUGAAUGCAAAUAUGGUAGACUCUAAUCAUAAAACAUUAAAUAGUAUGGCAAAUUUACUUGAAUUUAACUUGUUGAUGGUUAUGAAAUUUGUCAAGAAAGAACAGAAUGCAGUGCAGUAUCCAGAUUGGCAUUUGGUUGAUUUGAAAUACUUUGUCAGGUAUCAGAGAUUACAUUGAUGAAAUGUUAAAGUGUUACUCCAAGCAUCAUCAUCAUUCCAGCCCGCUGUUGUAGUUAUGGUGCCAGUAGUACUCUGGCCCAGUUCCCUGUUAAUGUGGCAAUCUCUUUAGCAACAGUUUCCCCACUUAUCUGGGUUCCUUCUGGGGUCUCAUGCUCCCUGGUGAUGCACUUCUGAAGGGCUGCAAAAGCCAGAAGCCCUGGCUAACUACUCUCAGCCAAUUAGUGCAAUGAAAGUUGCAUAGAAUUGACAUUAGCCAGCUGGGAACUCUUGUUUCAGGCUAGCUGAUGACACUGCUGGAGGUGGAGUUACACGUUUAACAACAGAGUGGUUAAGCUCCAAAUUUGCAGCAUUUCAAAGAGAAAGCUUGUUCAUACAGACCUCAGUCACCAUGCUUACUUCACUAAAGUGGUUAUGGUGCUUUUAGUAACCCUUGGUAGCUCCAACCAAAAUCCAGUGUUUUAAAGGGACACUCUAAGCACACAAAAAAACGUCAUCUUAAUGGAGUGAUUUUGUGUAUAGAUCAUGCCCCUGCAGUCUAAGCUCAAUCCUCUGCCGCUUUAGGAGUUAAAUAUUAGCCGUUAAACAAUUCUAUUUAUGCAGCCCUAGUCUCACCCCCCUGCAUGUGACCUACAGUUUGAAAUGAAACUAUUUUUCAUGUUGACUGUGUGAAUCACAGCCAGAGGAGGUGUUGCAUAAACAAAAGUAAAUGUGUUUUAGAUCAUAAAUGGCAGAGAAAUGAGCAGUGAGACUGCAGGGUUAUGAUCUAUACAUUGAAAUUGCUUCAUGAAGCUAAAGUUGUUUUUUAGCUUAGUGUCCCUUUAAAAACAAAGUACUUGUUUUGGUUACCUUGUUAUCCUGAUGUGUCCAUCCCUAAUUCCAAUAAAGAAAUAAACAAACGAUAAACUAUCCUCUUUUUCAGCUCCAAGGCCAAAUUCUCCACUCAGCCCAAUCCUUCUCUGCUGAUGUCACUCUCCCUAGCUGCCAGGAGAGGGAUGUAGCCGGAGGAGGACAUGGCAUGCUAUCAAUGUUAACGACAGGCAUUCAAAUAUGCACAGAAUUGAUAUUAUCCAACCCCAAACUCUUGUUCUGGGCAGGCUAAUAACACCCCAAUGAUGCUGCUGGAGGUGGAGUUACACCUCUGGCAGCAGGGGGAUUUAAAUUGGAAUGUGUAGUGUUUAAUUGCGAAAGGUUGCUAUUACAGACUUUAGGCACAAUGACAACUUCAAAUCACUAAAUUGGUCAUGGAGCUUGGAGUAACCCUUUAAAAACCACUACUUCGUGUUUGAUUGACUACUGGUCCUAAAUUCACACAAUCAUUUUACAGCUUUGCUCAGAAUUUGGAGAACUGCUAUCAGAGGCAUGGGAAUUAAAACAAACAAAAAAUAUCUAUCUGUUCAAGGGACUCUAGUGGCCCUCUAAGCUUCUUUUUCUGGCUAGAUUAAUGCCCCUUCCUAGAUCGUGGAUGUUGCGUUCUAAACCACUGCCCCCUUAGUGUCUCUCCAUCUGUUCCUGCCAUAAUGUGAUAUGCAUGCUUGUUGUGUGUAGUGUGUAUACAGACUGUGCUGGCUCUCUUUAAUGUGCAUGUGUGUGCAAUCUAUAUGGAUUGCUGGCUGUAUGAAGUGUAUGUGUGCUCCUUCUGUCUGUGUAUCAUGUGUACGGUUUUAUCUUGUCUUUUACUUAAAGGGUUUUCCCAAGCACCAUGACUACUUCAGUGAUUUGAAGUAGUCAUGGUGACUGGAGUCUGUAUGUGCAGCAUUUUGCUUCAGAAUGUUCCCCAUAUAGAAAUUAACAUCAUGGCUCCUGGAGAUGUAACUUCUGGCAGUGGCAUUAGCCAGUCCCUUGCUGGCUAAUGUCAGUUCCUUGUCAAAUUGGCAUUUGGAUUGGGUUUCUACUACUUUCAGAAUAUUCUGUAGAUGUGAUGAUUGAAAAGCUUCUGUCAUUAAUUUGAUUGUCUCUCCUGUUAAUGCUACAUCAGAAGCCACAUCUGUUUCGGGGUGAAGUCUGCAGAGCAGAUGCGACAACAGGCUCACAUUCAGGUGGUGAGCAAGAGUUUGUACAGCCAAGACAAUAACCAUUCACCCCUUCCAUUUGGCGUUCUAGAUCACCGCAUGGUAAGCCUUAUUCAAUUAUGCUAUAAUAGAUCAUUAUGUAGCAAAUGUCUGAAAAUAUUGAUUUCUAAAGAAAAAUUUAGUUUGGUUGGGCUUUAUUUUAUGUUUAUGUAAUGUUUUGUUCAGCCACUAGAUGGUGAUCAUUCUGUUUGUUGCAAAGCUCUUUUUUUAUUGUUCUUAUUGACGUUAGUCUAUAAUGCUAUAUUUUACACCUAAUAGUGUAUUUAAACCACAAUUUGACUGAAAUACACUAAUACACAUGAGAAAAGAGUUGCAAUCUCAAUUUUUUUUUUUUUUGUAUUCCUAUGAACCUUACUGGUUUAUAGCUGUAGUACGUAAACCUUUUGUAUCCCAAUCGUGGUAUGAGGCCUGAGUAUAUUUUAGGACCAACGACCCCAGUAGCAGGCAUUGUGCAACCAGGAAUCCCUUAGGGCAGGCAUAUUUAACUCUGGCAACCCUGAUUUUGCUGAACUACAACUCCCAUGUUUCUCUCGCCAUCUAUGGCAUUUGAAGACUUUUGGGUGUUGUAGGCCAUCAGUAUCCUGGGUUUCAGGGUUUGACAAGAAUCGACUAUACCAUAGUGAUAAUGAGUAUUUUAUUAUGAAAACAUAGUAGAGUUUGCCAAAUGGAUAACUGCAGGAUUGGUGUGUUUUUAAGAUUUCAGGGAAGUGAAGAUUUAAGUGUGUGGAGAAUUAUUAGAGAAAGAACUAUAAGAAUGAAAUCUGAAUUAAAAUUAAAUGUAGGAUAAAGCUCUGUGCUUAUUGACGUUUUUAAACACAAAUAGCAUGUUUAUAUACCUUUUAAAAGUUAACCAGCAUUUUUAAUGUGGAGAUAGGAUUGAGAAACCUUAUUGGAUGUGUGUUUUUUCUGAUCUGUGCGUUAGUUCAUUAGACAGAUGUAUUCCCCCAAAAUAAAAGAGAAUAAUGCAUGGUUUACCAAUAUUUAGGUUCCAUAAUUUCCCACAAAAACUAUAUGUUCCAAUCUGCCUGGAAUGAGUAGGAGUUAAACUCCUGAGCAGUAGGUGGCACAUUUUAAUGCUCACCAAUCCCAGACAGCACUGGGACAUUUUUAUAUACACCAGUGCUCAGUCGUGUGUAUAUAUGUGAAAAACAUGUCACAAGUGUUUUUGUAUACUUUUUUUGUGAUUCAGGGAACAAGUGAAAAGGACCGACCCUGUCUAACCUGUGGAAAGAACCUGGCAGAUUGCCUGGGGCACUAUGGCUAUCUAGACCUUGAAUUACCUUGCUUCCAUGUUGGGUAUUUCAAAGCUGUGAUUGGCAUAUUACAGGUAAGUACAUUCACAAUUCUUGCUUACGUAAGGGUGUAUAGUGUCUGCAGUCCCUGCUGUCAUCCUUCCAUUCAGCAUUAACCCCUUAAGGACAGAGGUAAUUGUCCAUUUUAACUGUGAAAGUCAUAAUGCUGUCCACUUUUAGUGCAAAAAAUACACGUUUGUAUGCUGUGAUCAACCCCAUGUACAGGUUUCAUUGUGUUUUGGAAAGUUACAGAGUCAAAUAGAGAGCUUGCCCAUUUCAGUUUUUACACGUUAAAAUUUGCCAUAUUCAUUUGCUGGGCCUAUAUUGCCUUUGAGACCGUAUGGCAGCUCAGGAAUGAAAAUUAUACCCAUCAUGGCAUACCAUCUGCAAAAGUAGACAACCCAGGGUAUUUAAAAUGGGGUAUGUCCAGUCUUUUUUAGGAGUCUGAUUAGGCUUUUUCCCUAGUACAUAAAUGCUUUAAGUGACUAGAAUAUUUAUGGCAGGUAUCUAUACUCAUGGUGAAUAGAUUGCACAGUUUUCAUGUUACUAUCUUCCCUUAGAUGAUAUGCAAGACAUGCUCUCAUAUCAUGUUGACUGUAGAAGAGCGGAAACAGUUCCUUGACAACUUGAAGAGACCUGGUCUUACUUACCUUCAGAAAAGAGGUCUGAAGAAGAAAAUUUCAGAAAAAUGCCGUAAAAAAACAACUUGUCUAUUCUGCGGGGCUUUCAAUGGUGAGAAACUAUGUGGAAGUUAUUGGUAAUUUUAUGUUCACAGAAUAGUGUUUACCAGAGUUCGAAGAAACUAUAAAAAAACAACACUAAUUUGGUUAAAUUUGCCUGUUGAGUUUUUUUUUUUCUAAUUCUGCAUUUGCAGGUGAGUUCUUGUUAAUGUUAAAAUUAAUCUCUGGUCUCUUACCAGGUUCAGUGAAGAAGUGUGGCUUGCUGAAGAUCAUUCAUGAGAAGUACAAGAGCACAAAAAAGGUGGUGGAUACAGUUGUUUCUCACUUUCUGCAGUCGUUUGAGACGGCCAUAGAGCAUAAUAAAGAAGUGGAGCCUCUACUUGCACGGGCACAGGUGAGAUUGUCUGUCUGUUUAUUUCCUUGCCACUCCAGUUCCAAGGUCCCUUUAAUUAGGCUAGGCUAGAGAAGGAGAGCAUACAGCACUAUCUAGCAAUCAAAACUGAUAUUGUGUGACCUCUCACCCACUCCCUUGCCCGGAUUCAAAACUUUUCUGGACCUCUAUUGAUCUAAUUCAUGGAUCUGAAAAUCUUUAUGUAUUUUUUCUAAUUUCAUAUUUUUUUUCAAUUUCAUUCAAUUACAAAAAUACAGACCGUGAAAAUCAAUUCAGUUGUUAUUUUACUCUAUUUACUUUUGCAUAUGUUUUGAAUAAUGUAUAUAGGAUUAAACGGACAAAGAAUUUGUCACUUUAGAAGCACCUUAGAUACUAACGUCUGAAGCUUGUCUUGUUUCUUACAGGAGAACCUGAACCCACUCGUAGUGCUUAACAUACUGAGACGUAUUCCUGCUGAAGAUGUUCCAUUACUGCUCAUGAAUCCAGAUGCAGCAAGGCCCUGUGACCUGAUCCUGACUCGACUUCUGGUUCCCCCACUUUGCAUUCGCCCAUCUGUUGUGAGUGACCUCAAAUCUGGCACCAAUGAAGAUGACCUCACCAUGAAACUGACAGAGAUCAUAUUUUUAAAUGAUGUAAUUAAGAAGGUGAGUCAUCCAGUGCAAUUCUUGUUAUUUUUACAUAGACUUUUUAAUGCAUUUUUUUUAUUUAUUUGAAUGUAUUUAUUUUUUCUGCAUGAGCUAGUUGCUUUGUUUUGAAUGGAAUUGCUGCACGUAGUCACCAAUCUUGAGCACCCAGUAAAAUGUUUUAGCCAUAUUUGGGGUCCCUACAUAUCCUUAUUUAAUGAUUCCGAUAAAUCCAAAAUUAAAGAAAAUCAUUAGAAACCACCAUGUAGAACAUGCAUCAUCUUAUUGAGUAAUCUCUGAUUCUAAAACGUGUAACAAUCUAUAUACCAAAUAUCUUCAAGAUGGUACUUUCUAGACUCACUUUGCCUUGACUAAAUAUCUGAGUAACAUCAUUGAUCUUAUUAAUAGCUUUACUUAUGAGUAGUUCUUUAUUUGGUUUACUUCUAAAUAUGUUAAAGGUACACUCCAAGCACCUGAACAACCACAGAAGCUUUAAAUCAAGCAUGUCAAACUCGCGGCCCACAAGGACCAUCUUUGCAGCCCGGUGAGCCGCGAGAACAUGCUACUGUUAUAGCAGAGUAGGCACCUGCUUUCCCCACAUUGCAGGUGCCUACUCUAUCAUUUACCCGGCCGAGGAGGAGAGGAAGGUGAUUGCAGCAAGGGAGCUUAGUGAUCCAGCUCCUCACUGCUUCCUCACGCGCCGACUAAAGUGAAGCCGGGCACUGGAAUAUGACGUCAUAUUCCGGCAUUACUAAACCGCGUGCGGGAGCAGUGAGGAGCUGGAAGGACCCCAGGGAGAUGCCCCCCAUUGGCUCCAUAAGGUAGAGAGCAAUAAAGAAAAGUAUGUGUUUGUAAGUGUGUGUGUCUGUCAGCGAGUGUGUGUGUGUGCGGCCCACAUAAACAUAAACCUUGUAAGUGUGGCCUGUGCCACACUUUGAGUUUGACAUGCUUGCUUUAAAUGAAUAUGUGAAUAAGACAGAAAGCUAUACUAGCUGGAUGACAGAUGGAGGGUGCAUCCAAGAACUUUUUUAAAAGUGUUGUUCUCUGUCCAUGUUUUACUUUUGUUAAAUAAGACAGAGGUAACCUUUAGUUACCUGCUGAAGUGCUUUUUUGCUUUUAUCUCCUUGUAGCACAGGAUGACGGGUGCCAAGACCCAAAUGAUUAUGGAGGAUUGGGAUUUUCUGCAGCUGCAGUGUGCUUUGUACAUAAACAGCGAGCUCUCAGGAAUCCCUAUGAAUAUGGCUCCCAAGAAAUGGACACGUGGGUUUGUCCAGAGGCUGAAGGGAAAGCAAGGUGAGCUAUUCUGACUUCAUCUUCACAACACUUAUUUUUUGAAUUCUUUAUUUUUUUUGUCAAUCUUUCUUUUAUUAAGGCAAGCGAAAUGGGUUACAGAAUAAAGAGAGGGAAAUGUACGAGUGGUAAACAAUAAAGGGUUAAUACAUCGUUAACAUUGAUGAUUACAUUUCCUGUUUUGUAAUGCCUCAUUUUUGGUUUUAUGUCUAACGAAAACAUAUUAUAGACAGAAAAAGUGCCUGUCUACAUAGACUAUUAAGAGAGUAAUACUAGGCUAUGCAAAGUCUUAGACAUGGUACACGUUUUACUGAAGCUAAGCUUGUGACAAUACGAUUAAUGUUGAAACACUAAGGGAUGACAUUACGCAUCUCAGGAUACUAACUUGCUAUACCUAUAGGUGAUAACGCAAGACACAAUAGCUAUUAAUACUAUGCAAGUAAUUAUCCUGACCUGGUGAUACAUAACUAUGUAAUGCUUGUUCCAAGAGAGAGUAAGUCUGUCAGCUGAGAGUCUAAGAUUAAAGUAUCAUGCUGAGUGAACCACCCAAUCCUGACAUCAUCAGUAAAGCCUCUAGCUAUGCUGAUAGGGACCGAAAUAAUAUGCAGGCGUAAAUGGUCGCCAUAUUGGUGACCCCCACAAUGCCGAGCAGAUGAUGUUAAACAGAGUGUUCAUACCCCCGAUUAUAGGGCUUCAGGUAAUAAACAGAUCAAUUUCCAAAAAGCAUAACACGUAAGGAGUAUGUCGAAGGUAUGUGGGUGUUUCUUUAUUUUUGAUGUGCAAAAGGUUUACAACAAGCCCGCAUUGCCAUGAUAGCAUAUGCAGACAAUGCAUAACAUACAGCAUCACAACAUGGGAUGAAAUUGCACGGUUUUUGUAUAAUAAAAAUGUAUACUGGGGUUGAGUGUUGUCGGUGAGAACCCAUAGUGCCCCAUGGAGCGUCCUGGGAGUGAUAGUCGUGGUGCGUACCAAUUUAGUAACACCAAGAGAGGCCUGGCAGAGUAGUGGACUAUUAAAAAACUGAUUGAAUGCCAAUGUGAAUAGUUUGUCCCCUAAAUGACUAUAAAUGUAGUGUGGGCGGAGGUACUCAGUCGGAGUACAGGAGCUCCAUCAGUUUGCUUUCAAGUCGCCAAAGCUUGACUGGGGUACUUCUGGAGUUUUUCCACCCAACCAGGGCUCUCCUUCCAGGCAGGUAUCGUCCCCUCUGCCUCAUACACUGCAGCCCCUCUUCCAGGCAUGUAUUCACAUUCACCUGCAAUAUUAUAGCUCUUAUCUUUAAAAAGACACUUGCGGCUCUCAGACCUAGCUCUCUUGCUUUAUCCCAGGGCUCGAGGAAUCCUGCAAACAGGUCCUAAUACUUUUUCACUGGGAUCCCUGGGGGUGGGGGGUGUCUGGCAUAUUAAGAUUAGUUGUGUAAUAAGGCGAGAACAUAUUGCAAUGAAACAGCAGAUUGGAUCAUAAAAUCCUACAAUUACUGUGUAUUAAGGUAAAGCCAGAUACGGCUAAAAAUAGAAAUCAAAGAAAAUAUAAUGAAAAAGAGUCCAGCCAGUGUCAGCCAUUGUCCACUUCUGAGCAGGAGAUGAAGGAAGCUACCUUCCGCAUGUCCACAAGGUGUUUGUAGCUGUGUUAGAGGCUUGUGCUUUAUAAGCCCGCUCAGUGAGGAACAAUUCAGAUUUAAGAUUAUUGCGCUGUCACUCAUCGUACAGCCGUUUCUUCAUGGCCUUGUAUGACGUGUGAAGCUGUUUCACGUUAUUUGUUUCACAGCACCAGCAUUGCGAUAAGGAGGAGAUGUCCUCCUCUGUUGCUUUAACCCAGUCAGCAAUAGCUACUACCUCCUCUUGGACCCCCACUAGAUCUGCUCGAAAAAGGUCCUGGAUAUUGACCAUAAGGUCCAUGAUGUCGCCUUAUGUAGCUGGGGCCGUCUGGUGCUCUGUCUGUAGGUGAGUUGCCGGCUGUUCAGCCUCCGGUAUAGGGUCAAGAGCAUCCAACAAUUCCUCCUCGGAGGAUGAGCUGGGAUUUUCAGGCUGCUUUGGCCUAGGCCUCGCUUGAAAGAGUUGCACAUGCUCUGGUUACCGUCCCCAAGAGGGUCUUAAGCUUUUUGGAGCUUUUCCCCAUGGCGUCGGAUUGCGGCAGCGCUGGUAAUGAUUUUAGGUAUUUUAGCCAAUGAAUCCGUAGAUAUGCAACCACUCUCUGCACCGUCCAAGCUGCACCCCACCGUUUAAUAAUAAACUGUAGAAUUUUUUGAUGAACAUGGGCUGCGUGUAUUCUAUUAAUUUGUUGGGGUUUUCUUGUAAUUUAUUUAUUUUAUUUUUUUUUACUUUACAACUUACAAGCAAAACAUAUUAGUGAACUUAUGGUAUUAACGGCACACCCCAUCCUCAUAAUAACUUUAGCUUAAUUAAGCUAUUUUGAGGGCAGGGGUGUCUUCAUUUAGGGAUUAAACAGUUUUGAUGAUUUAAUGCUUGAUUUUGGUGCCUGACACUUUGCCACAGUAAACAUGCAAAUCGUGGUCACAUUCAAAUAAAACAUAUGUUUUGUGAACAUUCAGACAUUCUCAUUAAACAUUUGUUUGUAAGAAUGUCACCAUCUCUACAGCUGUAAAUGUGCUUGAUGUUAAUCUGUCUCCCUAUAAUUGUCUGCUACAACAUUGUCUGAUGCUUCAUUUAAAUUUAAAUGAAGAAACAGAUGCACACAUAUCCAGUGUGACACAUAGCUUAAAACCAAAACCAGUAAUUAAAAUGACAUGUACGUAUAGCCUCCUAGUUAUAAGUUACAACAACCAUGCUGGUCUGGUGAAAAACUUCUUCAGUAAAAAACAAAAAUAAAAAAUAAAAAUAAGGAGAGAGAGUGUAAUGAGUUAAAAGGUACCAUGUAGAGCCCAGAGCCAGGGAUUUUUUUUUUGUAAUUUUGAGAUUUGUUACAAACUUGAAAUAGAACAUAGAUUUCAAAAAGUACAUCCUUGUUGCCAUGCUGCAGUGAUGUUAGAUGCCGCGAUUUCAUCCUAAGAGUGGAUAACAGUGCAAGGGUCCUGUAAGAUGAGCUGAGUGUUACUUGCUGAAGCACAGCUCUGUGUGGCAUCCAGUGGCUCUAUGUGUUGGGUGGACAAAGAAAAAUGUAACUUACCCUUCCCGUGGUCGAUUUAUGGAUGGAAAUAUUGAGCCUAAUCCCUUUAAAUAUGUUCAUACAUCCCCUGAAAAGUUUACCCAUAUGGGAAAAAAAACCAAACGGCAUUCAUUUCUUGUGUGCAUGACUUUCACUUUUAGUAAAUAAAUUAUGGUAGGGGAGAAAAAAAAAAAAAAUGUUCCUUACAGUGUCACUUUGACCACCCAUUCUCUUUCAGGUCGAUUCAGAGGAAAUCUCUCUGGUAAGAGAGUAGAUUUCUCUGGACGUACUGUGAUUUCUCCUGACCCAAAUCUCAGAAUUGACGAAGUUGCUGUUCCUGUCCAUGUAGCUAAAAUAUUGACCUUUCCCGAAAAGGUGAGUGCUGACAGGGCUUUUUCUUUCAGUCUGUAAUUGUAAAUAUUGAUAUAACAUAAUGGCACAAAUGGAAAAAAACCAAACACAUGUAGCUUAUACACUUCACAUUCCAAGAAGAUAAAACGUUGUUUUUUGGGGGUUUUUCCCCAGUCAUGAAAAGUCACACCCUUUACGUAAGACUGUGUUUGGGGAUGUAGAAUACACAUUUACUCUCCUGUUAAGGCUACAAUUAAAUAGUUUUCUAGUGCUCAAUCAUACUACUGCUAACUCUGUCCUUUUAAAGUGAUUCUAGUUUGAGAAUCCCUACAAAACCAUCACAUACUUGCUCUAUUGCUCUAUUUUUGACCAAAAUGGAUAAUGUGGAUGAGAUUUUCAUUCUUCUCCUUUCUGCUUUGUAUAGGUAAACAAGGCAAAUAUCCACUUUAUGCGGAAAUUAGUGCAGAGUGGGCCAGACGUUCAUCCGGGAGCCAACUUCAUUCAGCAGAGACACACCCAGAUGAAGAGGUUCCUUUUUUAUUUGUAUUAUAUCCAGUUGUGUAAACUCCUAUACAACAGUGUUAUGGAAUUGAAAUUAUGUUUAUAUGUAAUCCCCAUUGCUAGACAUGCUUUACUAUGUUCCAAGGUUUUACAAUUUGGGAUUAAUCUAAUAAUAAUGUUUUGGCUAUUCUGUCUUGACUGGUUUUGGGUGGUCAGAUGUGGCCUGCUAUGUGAUGCAUCUAAAGGCACAAAUAGACGUGCUUGGGUGAUGAUAGAAUGUUCUAAACCUAUAUAUUCCUGCUGCCACAGUUUGGAAUUAGAGUUCUCCAGUUCCAGCCACCUGUGAGUAAUUGAGAUAUGCUGGCCACUAUUUAACUCGUAAUCUCAUCAGGCCACCAGAACAUAUGCCUCAACGUCAUGGGUAGUAAGGACAUAUUAAUCCCCAUUGACUUGGUUUUAAUGGAAUGUUUAUAUAGUGAAUACAUAAGCACUGACUGUUCUGUCUUGUCCAUUAUUAUUGGGUAGAUUCUUGAAGUAUGGAAAUCGUGAGAAGAUUGCUCAGGAACUGAGGUUCGGAGACGUUGUGGAGAGGCACCUUAUAGAUGGAGAUAUAGUUCUCUUUAACAGACAGCCUUCUCUGCACAAGCUCAGCAUCAUGGCUCAUAUUGUGAGUGACCGCAAUGAAUAUGCAUAUUUAAUAUUAAUAUAUUUAAUAUAUUCUGCACUUUUUGCAGUUAACUGCAAGCACAGAAGUGAUGGCAGAAGGCUUGAGAAUGCUCUGUCAGUGUAUCGCUUACUAGGGCGAUAUAUGAAGCAAGCCUUUUCAAAUGUUUGAGUUAUGAAUUGGGCUCUUUUUUUAACACUGCAAUUUGUGGGGAAAAAACAUGCCAAAUGCAUAAACUGUCUGCGUCUGUGCACUUUGUUUUAUCUUUGCAGGCCCGUGUUAAACCACACAGGACAUUCCGCUUCAAUGAAUGUGUCUGUACCCCUUACAAUGCUGAUUUUGAUGGAGAUGAAAUGAAUUUACAUCUGCCCCAGACAGAGGAAGCCAAGGCUGAAGCCUACGUGUUAAUGGGAGUAAGUAAUUCUGACUAGAUAAUUACAGAGUAGAUUGUACUGUGUUCCUCAGAAAAUUGAUUAUGACUGUUGAGUUUAAAGGCACUUUCCAAAACUGGUCAGUUCUUCCCUUUUUAUUCAUUUUUUAUCUGUGCAUUUAUAUGGGCAGUAGUGAAAGUGGAGUUGUAGGGGGUUACCGCCAGAGAGGUUUUUGGGUCCAUAUCUGUAGCUCUUGACCCUGUAUUAAGGCUCCUCUGCAGUAAUGUAAGUCUGUAUAAUGGGAAACCCCUUUACAACGCAAGUGUAAAAUUUAUUAAUAGAUGAGACUGUACUUCGUCUUCUAAAACCAUGUUGGUAUCUGCCUGCAGGAUGUUGUUAGUGGGCAGUCAUGAUUUUAGUUGUACUUUUUAUUUAUUUGUUUAAUGGUUAGAGUUGUGUUUUGGGUUUUUUGCUCAGUAAUUCCUGGCAAACUAUAAUGGGCUUUUAGGACUAAAUGUAUUUUUCCUUUCACUAGUGAUGUCAUUUUUUUUUUUAUUUUUUUUUUUAGUAUUGGGUAAUUAAAAUGUAUUUUUUGCACUUGUUUCAGACUAAAGCCAACCUUGUAACACCAAGGAAUGGAGAACCGCUGAUAGCAGCCAUCCAGGAUUUUCUCACAGGUCUGUGCAAUUAAUGAUUUAAUAAUUCAUAUUCUGUAGUUCUCUAUGCAAUAUCCAAUAAUAUCUAUCACACUACUAACCUCUCCAUCACCAGCUGCCUACCUCAUCACAUCAAAGGACACAUUUUUUGACCGCGCAAAGACCUGUCAAAUCAUUGCUUCCAUUUUGGUGGGGAAAGAUGAGAAGAUUAAAGUUCGACUCCCUCCUCCUACCAUUAUCAAGGUAUGCUUUUGUCAAGUAACAUAUAGGUAUAGCAAGUUGUGCUAGAGAGAAAAAGUUUAAUUUUUUUUUUCCUCAUUGAUUUCCAUUUUUUUUAGCCAGUGACACUGUGGACGGGGAAGCAGAUUUUUGGUCUUAUCCUUCAACCCAGCCUUGAUAAUCCCGUCCGUGCCAAUUUACGGACUAAAGGCAAGCAGUAUUGCGGAAAAGGAGAGGAUCUUUGUUACAAUGAUUCAUGUAAGUGAAUAUUAGCUACUUGUUCUUAACAUUUAAUAUGCAGGUAUGUUUGAUAUACUUUUGUUGCAUAAAAUCUGUUGCAACAAAACAUACUCACUAAAUAUUUUCUCCUACUGGAAUUUCCAGUUUAGUUUUGACCUUCUAUAAAGGUGCUUAAACAAGCUGGCCCUCCAAAAAAACUUCUCCAUUAAGUGAGAUUGUUUGAUGAUAAUUUUCUAGCUUGGUGCCAUCUUUGGCAAGAAUGGUGACAUGGGAUUAAGGGAUAUAUUUUUUUCCAAAUUAUUUUUACUUACCAGCCUGAGUCUGAAUGAAACCUCUGACUCUUUCAGGUUGUUGCUUUUAAGGGGAAAAUUGGGACGCAAAUGUCAGGCUGCCAAUAGUGUAACAUGAGGGAGUGGCGUGACCACCCAAACAUGUUUGUCAAUAUGUGGGCCACAGUGGACAUAGCUCAUAGCAUAUAGAAACAUAAAAUGUGACGGCAGAUAAGAACCAUUCGGCCCAUCAAGUCUGCCCAAUUUUCUAAAUACUUUCAUUAGUCCCUAGCCUUAUCUUAUAGUUAGGAUAGCCUUAUGCCUAUCCCACGCAUGCUUAAACUCCUUUACUGUGUUAACCUCUACCACUUCAGCUGGAAGGCUAUUCCAUGAAUCCACUACCCUCUCAGUAAAGUAAUACUUCCUGAUAUUAUUUUUAAACCUUUGUCCCUCUAAUUUAAGACUAUGUCCUCUUGUUGUGGUAGUUUUUCUUCUUUUAAAUAUAGUCUCCUCCUUUACUGUGUUGAUUCCCUUUAUAUAUUUAAAUGUUUCUAUCAUAUCUCCCCUGUCUCGUCUUUCCUCCAAGCUAUACAUGUUAAGAUCCUUUAACCUUUCCUUUUUUUUAUCUUGCAAUCCAUGAACCAGCUUAGUAGCCCUUCUCUGAACUCUCUCUAAGGUAUCAAUAUCCUUCUGAAGAUACGGUCUCCAGUACUGCGUACAAUACUCCAAGUGAGGUCUCACCAGUGUUCUGUACAAUGGCAUGAGCACUUCCCUCUUUCUACUGCUAAUACCUCUCCCUAUACAACCAAGCAUUCUGCUAGCAUUUCCUGCUGCUCUAUUACAUUGUCUGCCUACCUUUAAGUCAUCAGAAAUAAUCACCCCUAAAUCCCUUUCCUCAUAUGUUGAGGUUAGGACUCUAUCACAUUUUCUGUACUCUGCCCUUGGGAUUUUACGUCCAAGAUGCAUUAUCUUGCACUUAUCCUCAUUAAAUGUCAGUUGCUACAAUUCUGUAGAAAAUGAUCAAGACACUCCAAUAGUUUCCAAUUCUUAAGGCAAUUUAUUUGGACCAGGAACUACAAAGCAACAUUUCAGCCCUAACAGGGCUUUUUUCAAGCUAAUGUAGCACAUACAAAAACACAAUAUAUAGGUGUAUACAAUAUUUAAAUAAGUGAAAAAACAUGUGGUAUAUUAUCAAACAUAUGUUAUAAACAAGUGAUAAUAACAUUAAGCAAUUAAUUCGCUCUCCAAUAGUAGUCAUAGUAUCAGGGGGUGUCAAAGAGAUCAUAAGGUAUCAACCAAUCAUAUCACAAAUUCACCAUUGAGCUCUAAUCAGUUAAAUAAUAUAACAGCUAUGUUCAAUAGUGUUUUUUUUACCUUCUAAGACAGCAAGAGAUUCUAGAUAGCUACUUUUCCAGGUGAAAUCACAUGAUGAUAACCAUGUGACACCAGCUGGCCAAUUGUAGUAUAUUAGUCACAUGCUCAUAAAGUUGCUCCAUAGGCUACUAAUAAUAAUAAACAAAAAAACACAUAAUAAUCAAGAGCUGAUGGCUAUAUAAUAGUCAUAUGUACGUAAUUGUUAAUUAUCUAUUCAGGCUAUGAAAAUGUCGGCUCACCAUCGAGUGUUGUAUGCCGACAUAAGCCGCCCCACACAGUGCGCAUGCACGAAAACGCGCGAGCGUCAGAGGGGCAAAGCCACCAGCGCAUGCGCACGCUGGUGACUUGACGCGCAUGCGCAGCAAUACGAACUUGCGACUUGCCUAACCCGGAACAAAGUAAAACCAAAUAAAGUUGCAACAUUAUAGCAACAUAUAUAGCAAAACCUGGCUGAUACACAGUAAGAUCUCAAGGGCAACCCCAUACAUAAAUAAUGUCAUUUAUAUAAAUUACAGCAACAUCUUAUAAACAAAAAUCAUCAACAUAUUAAUCAUCAAAAAUCCAUUUAAAGUGACAGUCUCAAUUUAAUGCCCACUUAGACAAAAAACUAUAAUAAUAAAAUACCGUGAAAAAAUACAAAAAAUAAAGUAUAUGAAAUAUAUGAAAAAUAUGAAAAACAUAUAUAUAUAUAUAUAUAUAAUAAGAAAAAUAUCUUAAAGUGAAAGUGUAUUAUAAAAAGAUAAAGUAAAAAAAUGUAUUAACUUAAUAGACCUCUAUACUAUAUUAUUGAGAUCUGUGAAUUAUAGGGUUAACUUGAUUAAUCCCAAAAGUGCUUUUAUUCUUCUUUUAUCUUUACUCAAAACAAUUAUUCCAUUUUAAAUUUUUUCAAAAUUUAUUAAAGGGCUAGUAGUUGAAACGGUCACCACAUGACACAUAAUAAACAAUUCCAUUCAAAGAUAAUAAGAUACUGACAGAAAUAUAUUUUCAAAUUCAUCAUCUAUUGUUACUUUCAAUAGAACAAUACUAUAUUUAAAGUAACAUCACAAAAAUUAAAUCACAAAAGUAAAUCACUUAAUCAAACUUAAUUUACUGAUAAAAGGACCAGAUAUCAAUUUAAAUGAAUGGAUUGAGAUCGUAUUCUUGAUUAAGGCCCAUAGGUGUUAGAGACCCCAAUUCUCUAAUCCAAUAAGCCUCCCUGAGAAGUAAUCUUUUUAUACGAUCACCACAUCUUGAAUUUUCUUCUACUUGCUCAAUGAUUUGGAAUUUUAAUUGAGUUAUAUUAUGUUUCGCUUCUAUAAAAUGAGAUGGAAUUGGUAACUCAAGCAUUUUAGUUCUAAUUGUAGAUUUAUGUUUAGAGAAUCUCUUUCAUUUUCUGUGUUGUUUGCCCUACAUAAAUCAGUCCACAAGGACAUUUCAAGAUAUAAAUAACAUACGUAGAGUCACAGCAUAUUUUAUAGCAUAUUUGUUCCCUUUGUAAGGGUGAGUAAAUGUAGAGCCCUUAAUCAUCGAAUUACAGCAAAUACAAUUCAAACAUGGAAAACUUCCAUUUCUAUUAUAAUCUUUCAAAGGAGAGGACAAUUGAGCUCUAACUUAUCUCUUAGUGAAGGAGCUCUUUUAUGUACCAACAGAGUUUUAUUAGAAAAUUCAGUAAUAUUCUGAUGACACACAGAUAAUAUCGUUUCAAUCUAGAGGAUAAAGUACUAUAUUUAGAGAUGAUUUUAAUUCUAUCUUCAAUGUCCUUAUGGACAAAUCCAUCUGAGUUAUUAUUUUGAGAAUCAACACUUUCCAUUCCGUCCCUGACAUACUUCAAUUGAGGUUGUAACAUCAACAUAGGAUAGCCCCUCUGACAGAAUCUUUUAGUCAUGUCAUCUAAUUGUUGAUCUAACAACUCGAGAGACCAGUCUUUUAACCCUUAAAAAUUGGCUUCUAGUUAUAGAUUUGAACAUAGACACAGGAUGGAAACUAUCAUAGUGUAAUAAUGUGUUUCUAUCCAAAGAUUUUCUAUAUAAAUUAGUUUCAAAUUUAUCACCACUUUUCUCAAUCAAAAUAUCCAAGAACGCAAUAGAAUGUUGAUUCAUUUCCAUAGUAAAUUUAAUACUGUCUGAACAACUAUUUAAAAAUUUAAAGAACUCUUCCAACAGUUCCAACGGGCCACACCACAGAGCUAGCACGUCAUCUAUAUAGCGCCACCAUCUAAUAACAUGUUUUUUGUAUAAUUCAUUUUUAUAUAUAAUAUCUUCUUCCAAUUUAGCCAUAUAGAUGCCAGCAUAUGUGGGUGCCACAUUGGAACCCAUAGAAGUUCCCUUAGCUUGAACAAAGAAUUCCUCUCCAAAGGAGAAAUAAUUAUCAGUCAUUACAAAUUUUAAUAAUUGAAGAAAUGACAAAGAUGGAUCUCUGAAGCCCAAAGUUACAAAUGCCUCACCCAUUGCGGCCAUACCAUCAUCAUGAGGAAUAGAUGUAGAUAAGCUUGUGACAUCAAAAGUCACUAAUAUUAAAUCUUGUUCUGCAGUAACAUCUUUGAUUUUUUCAAGUACUUCAAAUGUGUCCUGAAUAUAUGAUUUUAUAUGUUUUAAAAAAGGCCUUCAUAAAUGGUCCAAGAAUUUAGCAAGAGGAGACAAAAGAGAACCUAUGCCCGCUACUAUAGGACCCCCAGGGGGAUUGAUCAAAGAUUUAUGAAUCUUUGGCAAGAUAUACAGUGUAGGAAUUACUGGGGCAAUAACAGUAAGAUAUUUAAAUAACUGUGUUUAUCAAUAAUUAAAUCAUCCAAAGCCAUUUUAAGAUAUAAAUCAAUUAUUUUUUUCAAAGAUAAUGUAGGAUCAAUAGGGGUUCUUUUAUAAGUUUCACUAUCACUCCAUUGUCUCCUAACCUCUUUGAUAUAAUCAGUUUUAUUUAGUACCACAAUAGCUCCGCCCUUAUCGGCCGGUUUAAUUAUUAAAUUCGGAUUUUUCUGUAAUGUUAGAAGAGCUUUUCUCUGAACCUCAGUUAAAUUAUUAUGACGAUUUAAAUUUGUUCUCUUAUUAUUACUAUUCUGAAUGAGAUGAUCUACGUCUCGUUUUACCAAUUCUAUAAAAGUUUCAACAGCAUUAUCAUUAAUUUGAGGGUUAAAUGUACUCUUAUUUUUAAGUUGAGUGUCACUUAGUUUUAAAUUUGUAUUAUUUAAAUCAGUAUUAUUUAAAUCUAAUGAUUUUCCCAAAGAAGUAUUUUUAGAAAAAAAGAACCUUAAGUCUAAUAUUACGAAAAAAACGACAUAAAUCGACAUCAAUAUCAAAUGGUCUAGGUUCAUAGACAGGACAAAAAGUCAAACCUUAUUUCAAAAUGGAAAUUUCAAUUUCAGAUAAAAUAGAUGAAGAUAGAUUAAUAAUUACUGAAUUUUCUUCCUCUUCUGAGGACCCCCCUGUGUUUCCAAAGUCCUGGUAGUGUCCGACUUCUUGUGGCCACUCCUUCUAAUUCUUCUGAAGUUCCUUCGCUUGAAGUCCGCCUGUGUGGAGGAGUCUCCCCUAAAAAAUAAGCUGAAUUGUUUGCAGAGUGUUUUUUCCUGUGAAGAAUUAGAUCUCAUAUUGGAAGAAUUAGACUGACAUUUAGAGUUAUCCCUCUUAUAUUCCCUUGGUGGUCUUCUCAUUGGAUAUCUUUGAAAUUUAUUAAUAUGGGGAGUUAUGGAAUUCCAUUUAUAAACAUUCCCACUCUCAUAGUCCAUGAGAUCCCAUUGAAAUUUACCUCUCUUCCUCUCUUCAAUCUGUUUUUUUCAAUUGAUCCACAUUGGACUGAAUAUUACUUUUAGUAGUACUUAAAGUGUCCCCUUGUAUAUUUCUUUCCAAUUCAGUUUCCAAUGAUAUUAUUUCUUCCUGGGUCUUCACAAUCUCUUUUUGUAAAAAUUCUAGAUUCAAUAGUAUCCAAUCCAUUGAACAUUUAUUGAAGAUUUUUCAAGUUGUUUACAAUAUAAAGAAUCCUCAUUAAAUAAUGUUGGUAAUGCAUUCAUCUGCAUACCUCUAGGGAUACGAUUCACCUUGUAAUAUUCUGCCAGUGUGACACUAUGGAGUUUUAAGCUUACAUUUUUCUUUAAUUGUUUUUCCAAUUUUUUAACAAUAGUGUCACUACUUGGAACAUUAAGGAAUUCAAAAUUUCUUUCAGCGGAUGAUAAAAUAUGUCUGGCCUCAUUAUCAGUAUAGGCAAAUAUGCUUGUGCUGGAUUCGGUUCCAGGUUCCAUAACUUGCCAACAAAAUAUUCAAACAAUCUUCCAAAAUGGAACAGCAAUAGACUUAAUGUAAGGGCGGUCCAAAAACUUCCCAGGUAGAGCUGAGUGCACUUCCAGCUCUGAUUAUACGGUUUAUGUGAGUUGCCACAAUUCUGACCAUUUUUCUAGUUUACCUAAAUCAUUUGGCUUUUGGCUUAUCCCUCAAGGAACAUCAACCCUGUUACAUAUCUUAGUAUCAUCAGCAUCAAGACCAUCAAGACCUUCUGCAGUAUCACUAAUAAAAAUAUUAAAGAGAAUGGGUCCAAAUACAGAUCCCUGAUGUACCCCACUGGUGACAAGUACAAGCUUUGAAUAUAUUACAUUAACUACAACCCUCUGUUGCCUGUCACUCAGCCACUGCCUUACCCAUUCAACAGUAUUGGAAUUCAAACUUAAAGAUUGCAGUUUAUUGAUAAGCCUUCUAUGUGCAACAGUGUCAAAAGCCUUACUGAAAUCUAGGUAAGCAAUGUCUACUGCACCACCCUGAUCUAUAUUUUUAGUUACCCAAUCAAAAAAAUCAAUAAGAUUAGUUUGGCAUGAUCUCCCUGAAGUAAACCAAUGUUGUCUCUGAUCUUGAAAUCCAUGUGUUUUUAGAUGUUCAUCAAUCCUAUCCUUUAACAUGGUUUCCAUCACUUUCCCCACUACUGAAGUAAGGCUUACUGACCUAUAGUUGCCCGACUCCCUCCCUAUUACCUUUCUUGUAAAUGGGCACAACAUUCGCUAACUUCCAAUCUUCUGGGACUACUCCUGUUAACAAUGAUUGGUUAAAUAAAUCUGUUAAUGGUUUUGCUAGUACACCACUAAGCUCUUUUAAUAGCUUUGGGUGUAUGGGUGUAUUCCAUCAGGUCCCAUUGACUUAUUUGUCUUUCCAUUUGACAGUUGAAAUCGAACCUCUUCCUCUGUAAACUCAUGUGUAAUAAAUGACUCAUUUAUCCUUUUUCUCAACUGAGGUCCCUUUUCUUCAUUUUCAUCUGUAAAUACAGAACAAAAAUAUUAAUUGAGGCAGUCAGCUAGACCUUUAUCCUCUUCUACAUACCUUCCUUCUUUUGUUUUUAAUCUAACUAAUCCUUGUUUUACUUUUCUUUUCUCAUUUUUGUAUCUAAAAAAUGUUUUAUCCUCCUUUUUUACUGACUGCUAUUUUCUCUUCUGUGUGUGAUUUGGAAGCUCUUAUAACUUGCUUAGCCUCUUUCUGCCUAAUCUUAUAGAUCAUUUUGUCUCCUUUACUCUGGGUUUUUUUUAUAAUUCCUAAAUGCUAACUUUUUGUUUUUAACUAUUUUGGCCACAUCUGUGGAGUACCACAGUGGUUUCUUGAAUGUUUUGCUUUUACUGACAAGCCUAAUGCAAUUUUCUGUUGCCUUCAAUAGUGCAACUUUUAAAUAAUCUCAAUUUUCUUGGACUCCAUUUAAAUUGCUCCAGUCUCACCUCACACCGACGGACUUUUUCAGAUAUCUGCAGAUAAGAGACUACGCCAGACAACCCCAUAUACAGGCCAUAGCGCAGAGCCCACUGACGUUCUUUGAAUCCAUGUGCAAGUCAGAGUGUAUACCGAGGGGACUCAUAACGAGACUGUACGCGCAUCUCUGCACAGCUGCGCGGGAGUGGGGGGAGCUGACCUACAUUACACAAUGGGAGCGGGACCUGGGGGAGGAACUGGAGGGAGAGGAGUGGCAAGAGAUUUGGGAGGCUGGUAGAACUACCUCGAUAUGUGUAGCAUUACAAGAACAGGCCUUUAAGAUGAUGUUCAGGUGGUACAUGACCCCAGUACAACUCUUUAAAAUGCAUAAAACCAUCACGGACGACUGCUGGAGGGGGUGUGGGCACAAAGGAACCUACUUGCAUAUGUGGUGGGGAUGCCCGAAGCUCAAGGGCUUCUGGGAGGCCGUGAAGGACCUCCUGACCCAGGUUUUCUCAAGGGCCCCAGAUUUAGACCCCUGGGUGUAUCUCCUCAGCAGGUCAGUCGACGGCUGGACGAGACGGGAACAGACUCUACUUCAUAAACUCACCCUGGCAGCACGGAGAGCAAUAGCAUACACCUGGCUAAAACCGGAAGCCCCACCAAUGGCUAGUGUAUACUCACGGAUAAGAGAGGUGAGACUUAUGGAUGACUUGACAGCUAGAAUACGAGGAUCCUUGGGAACGUUUCGGAAGGUCUGGGGACCUUGGGAUGAGAGCCCGCUAGGGGGAUAGGAGGAACGGGGAACCUAGGGGGCAGUGGGGGGGAGAGGGGGUCUCGCGCCCCGUCUCUUCCCCGGGCCCACCCUCCCUGGCAGCCUUCUCCUUGUCGCCUUAUUCCCCCGUCGGACUUAUUUCUUUACUCUUCUCUUUCCUUUCCUUUACUCUUGGCCUUACUUUCUAUUGUGGUUCGCAGCCGGGACCCUUACUGGAGGGGUACGGUGCCGAACCACGAAGCGUGACUUUGUUACUUUCAAGCUAUUUUGUACUCUGUUCCACAAUGUGCUGUAUCUGUUAACAUAAGUGAGUGUUCUGAAUGGCUUGUACUCGCUACCCAGGUUAUACACGCGUAGAGGCUAAAAGAGGCGCACAUAUAUGAAAUAAAAUUAAAAACGGGGGCGACGCCACUAUUUAAGGACUUUUCGAGUUCACAAGACAUGGGUUGUUUAAUUGUUACAGGCAGUUUUUUAUGAAAAUACAUAACUUUACUGACACUAGCUUCCGAUUAUAUGUAUACGUGUUAAUGGAAGCAUCUGAAUUGUGUUGUAUACCUUGCUGUGGUGUCGAACCUUGACAUAAAUAAUUAUAAAAAAAAAAUAAAAAAUUGCUCCAGUCUGAUAAUGACUCCUCUACCCAUAGUCUAAUUUUAGAAAAGUCUGUUUUUCUAAAGUCUAAAACUUUUGUUUUUGUGUGGUGUGACUCUGUCACUGUUCUUAUAUUAAACCACACUGACUGAUGAUCACUGGAUCCUAAACUUUCACCUACAGUAAUAUCUGAUACCAAAUCUCCAUUUGUUAACACUAAAUCUAGUAUGGCCUCUUUACGAGUUGGCUCCUCAACAACUUGUUUUAGAGACAAUCCCAGUAGGGAGUUUAGAAUAUGUGUGCUCCUGGCACAAGUAGCUAAUUUUGUUUUCCAAUUUACAUCAGGAAGAUUAAAGUCACCCAUGAUGAUAACUUCCCCCUUCAUUGUCAUUUUAGCUAUUUCCUCAACUAGUAGAUUAUCUAACUCAAUUUGUCCUGGGGGCCUUUAAAUCACACCUACACGAGUUACUGUGUGAUUACCAAAUUCUAACGUAACCCAAACGGACUCUGUUUGCCUCACUAACUUUUAUUAGGCUAGAUUUUAUGCUAUCCUUCACAUACAAGGCCACCCCUCCCCCUGUCUUUCCUAUAUAAAGAGUACCCUGGUAUUGCUAUGUCCCAGUCAUUUAGAGUCUUAUGCCAGAUAAUGUUCACUGGAUCAGUUAAUACCCUUCGAUAGAUGCCAUAAUGGUUCCAUAGGACUUCAGGCUAAUUUAUCUAAAAGCUCACUCAGUUCAUGGCAUGGAAUCAACAGAAAUCUGAUUAUCUUUAUUACUCUGUCAUGGCCCCACAGUUCUUGACACUUGGAUAUGAUGAGAAUGCACAAGUGAAAACCUUCAACAUUCUCUUGAGCUUUGCUUUGUACUUCAAGAUCUGAAUCUUGAGAUCCUGUCUUUGAUAGUAUGAGCCACAUGUGCAUAGAUCGGCAAGAUAAAAUAUGUGUGGCAAUUAGACAAUAUUAUUAACAUCUUUACUGAAACAAGAAAACUAUAGACUUUUUUUUUAUUUUUUAUAAGCCACUAUUGGACAGGACUGUGGCCCACUCUACUAGAGUACUGUCGACUUUUCUGCACUUUCCAUUAUAAUUCUGUGGAAUAGAUCUAUCAACCAUUUGGCACUGUGUUUAAUGUUAUGUUUAUUGAUACAUUACUAUGCCGGAAAAGUUCCACUUUUUUUUCCUCUUUGUAUAGACGUGCUCUAAAUCCAUCCAUUUGACAUUUUACGGUGUAAAGGGACACUAUGGUCAACAAACCGCUUUGGCUUAAUGAAGCAGUUUUGGUGUAUAGAUCAGGACCUUGCAGUCUCACUGCUCAAUUCUCUGCCAUUAGGAGGUAAAUCUCUUUGCUUAUACAGCGAUAGCCAAAUCUCCUUGCAUGUGACUUACAAAACCUUCCUAAACACUUUCUGUAAAAUAUUAUGUAAUGUUUAUACUUCCUUUAUUGCAAGUUCUGUUUCUUAAAUUUCUUCUUCAAGAUCAAUUUCUUAUUGCAUUCUCUGUUAAUAGCUUACUAGACGUUGUAGUAGCCUCCUGUAUGUAAUUAAAGUUCAAAUUACAGAGCAGGAGAUAAAAAUGUUUAAAGUAAGUUACAUCUGAUUGAAAAUGAAACCAUUUUGUCUUCAUGCAGGCUGUGUCAGUCACAGCCACGGGAGGCAUGGCUAGGGCUGUAUAAACCAAAACAAAAAGUGAUUUAACUCAGAAAUGGCAGAGGCAUAAUCUAUAUACAAAAACUGCUUCACUAUAGGCACUCAGACCACUUUCUCAUUGAAGUGGUCUGGGUGCAGUGCCCCUGUCCCUCUUAGUCCUGCAAUGUAAAUAUAGCGGUUUUUGAGAAACUGCAAUAUUUGCAUUGAUAAACGCUAGUGGAAUUCUUAGUACUGCAGACAGCCACUAGAGGCUGUUCAUGGAGCCUGCAUAUGGACAUCCAGCAUCAGAGAAAACCCCGUAGGAAAGCAUUAAGGCAAUGCUUUCCCAUAAGGGAAAGCCUAAUUUGUGCGCGACACUCGCUACGUAUGCACAUUAGAUCCCAGCCAUUGGAGAUCUAAUCGGUGAGGGAAUCAGCCCGAUGGUGGGGGCCAGAAGGCACUAUUGUGUUGGGAAUACAGAUUUGUAAUCCUGACACUACAUUUUCCCUUUUAGCCAGUUAUUUUAGUGACUAUAGUAUCCUUUUAAGUACUGAAUGCCAUGUGUGUAAAUAACGUUUUGGAUAUUGAUGACCAUUUAAAUUAGAGGAAAAAAAUGUAUACUUGGCAGUAAAAACAUUUUCUGGUGAUUUUUUUUGUUUUGUUUGGAUGCAUCAGUUGUACCACAUUUUUCCAAAAUUUACCCUAUUGCUCCUUUCUCUUCUCUUCUUUCUUAUUCUAUUUGAUUAACAGGAUGAAUCAAUCUAGGUAUGGUUUGAACCAGACACGUUUCACAUUGAUAUGAAUUUAGAAAUGCUUUUGGAACAGAUCUGUUCACGGUUGUCUUUUAUGUUUCUGCAGACGUGAAUAUUCAUAACAGUGAACUGAUGUGUGGCAGCAUGGACAAGGGAACGCUGGGAUCUGGCUCCAAGAACAACAUAUUCUACAUCCUUCUGCGAGACUGGGGGCAGAUGGAAGCUGCCAAUGCAAUGUCACGCUUGGCAAGACUGGCACCAGUUUACCUUUGUGAGUGUGCAAUAGAAUGUUGAAUUUUUUUUCCUUGCAUUCUGCAGACAAGUAUUUGCAACAACACAAGUUGGACGACAGGAACAGAGUGGGUUGAGGGCCUUGCUCAAAUGAGCUUACAUUCUAAUAAUUCAGUGAUAAGCUAUAAGUGGAAGUCUCUUCUAUUUAAUAUUAUAAGGGCUCUUUACCAGUAGAUCUGUGUAACAAUGACCGAAUUAAAAAAAAAAAAAAAACCAAUGUAACUGUGUGUUGAUGUGUUGCUAAAUUUGCAAGUGUUUACAUACACCAAUGAGUACAUUCGUUCACUUUAGAAAAGCUCUGAUGAUAUUAUUUUUGAUGAUCCUGCAGCCAACCGUGGUUUUUCUAUUGGUAUUGGUGAUGUCACACCAGGACAGGGGCUGCUGAAGGCCAAACAGGAUCUUCUAGAUGCUGGAUAUAAGAAAUGUGAUGAAUAUAUAGAGGCUUUAAACACAGGCAAAUUGCAACAGCAACCUGGGUGCAGUGCGGAAGAAACUUUGGAGGUAUGUGAUUUGUUAAAUAACAUUACAGAUCCAAUAUCCAUUCUUCAGUGUAGUUCUGGCACUUAAGGCAACCUAUAUAUUAAAUUAAAAUAUAUUUGUUUUUGUUGGGGGGAUUCCAGGGAAAUGUUUUGUUACAGUCUUCCUGCCAUGUUUCUAGAGCAUAGUAGUUGUAGUUACUGUAUUGCAAUAUUGUGUAUAUUUUACCUUUACUCCUGCAAGUCUUUUCAGUAAAUAAUUUUUGCUCUGCCUGUUUGUGUUCUUCUUUCCUCUAUCCUAGGCCCUGAUCUUGAGAGAGUUAUCAGUAAUCAGAGACCAUGCUGGUAGCGCGUGUCUAAGGGAACUGGAUAAGAGCAACAGCCCACUCAUCAUGGCCCUCUGUGGCUCCAAAGGUAGUAUCGUAGGUUCUUCUUGAAUUAAAUGCACAGCUUUUGUGGUAAAAGAUAGAAACGUAACUGAAGUUUUCUGAAAAACAAAUCCUUUAUGAAUAACUGCAAAGAACCAUUUAUGACUGUACUGAUUAUACAGACUUGGGCCCAUGUCAGCUAAAACAUGCCUCUGAGAGAUUAAUUUGAAAACUAAGGAUACCAUACGUAUUUUCUACUUUCAAAUAUUUCAUGCCUUUGCCUGAACAGAGUGCCUAUCGAUUAUAGUGGGAACUCUGUUCAGAUUCUUGACAAAGCUUUUGAAGUUGGUUAACUUAAAGUUCCAUUUAACAAUUGAAUCACUGGCAUCAUAAGGUGUGAUGGACUAAACCCUAUAUGAUGGUUAAGGUACCUGUGAUACAACUUAACAGAAUACUGUGCGGUAAAACGUUUUGCAAAGUUUCACGUGUAUAUCAUAUGUAUCAUGUGUAUAUCAUGGGGCAGUUUUAGUUCUUUGUAAAUAGUUUCUCAUUAUAUAUAUUUUAUAGCAUGCAUUUUUAUUUGAAUUCGCAUGUGUAUGUCAUUGUCUUCACUUUGACGAUGAUAUUGUCUUCUCUCCACAGGUUCCUUCAUUAACAUAUCCCAGAUGAUUGCUUGUGUUGGCCAGCAGGCCAUCAGUGGUUCUCGUGUCCCUGAUGGCUUUGAGAACCGAUCCCUCCCACACUUUGAGAAACAUUCAAAGGUGACACAAUAACACCGCUUAAUGUAUUCUUUAUAACAGCUGUUUUGUUGGGUUUUUUUUUUGUUAAAAAAUCUAGAAUUAGAUCAGGAUAAAUCUGGUCUGGUAAGCCUCAAGCUGUAUUUGCUCUGUGUAUACAAUAGUGUGAAAGUGAUAUACUUAUACCUACACUAUGCUCCCCUUUUCUUGUUGAAGUACAAUCUAAAAAGUACACAAAGGAGAAAGGUUCAGUGUUGGGUGACAAAAAGUCGCCUAGCCACCUGCAAGUGCCUCUAGUGGCUGUCUGGUAGAGAGCCACCUGAGGUGGAGUUAAACCUGCAAGGUAAUUAUUGCAGUUUAUUAAUACCUGUAAAAAUUACCAUUGCAGGCUUAAGCUGACAGGGACAGUGCAUUUAGACUACUUCAAUGAGCCAUAGUGUUGAGUAUUAGUCAUAGACCUUAGCAACUGGAAGUUUCACGUUUAGCAAGCUCUGAUUUAAUCUCCGUUUGUUAAUGAAUGGGCUUGCAGUAAUCAUUAAUUCCAUAUUCGCACCUGAGGUUUUUAUUUUUGCUUCUUUGUUUUUGAAACCUACUUUUAUUUAAUUUGUAGCUUCCAGCAGCCAAAGGUUUUGUGGCCAACAGCUUCUAUUCAGGUUUGACUCCUACUGAAUUCUUUUUUCACACCAUGGCUGGACGAGAGGGUCUGGUGGACACUGCUGUCAAGACAGCAGAAACUGGAUACAUGCAGGUAAGAUAGAAACCACUCCCUUAAAUUGGAUUGCGGACUUUGGAGUCCUUAUUUAUCUGCAUGUUAUGUCUACUAAACCAUGCUUGGUGGUCUACUUUCAAAUUACUGAAAAACUGUUUAACUGUAAUUUUCUGCAUACUCUGCACUUGUUCUACUUCAAGCACAGUGAUCAUUAAAAAUCUUAACAAAAAGAAACCAUUCCCUUAAAUUUGGUGCUGAAAAUGCUUUUGUUUUCAUAUUAUCGGCCUCUUUUCCACUUUCAAAUCCCUUCGUCUCAGUAACGAAAUUUUAGAACUGAAAAGUGGUCUUUAGAAUGAUUCCCGACAGUAUCAAAUUGUAUGUUCCAUCCAGUACGAGAUGUCAUAAACCAAGUGCAGAACAACAACAAAAAGGAUUGGGGGCGCACCCGAAAAAUGCAUUCUACAGGAAUGGUGCUACCAUUGUGACAAAUAUUCAUACAUGAUACAAAUUGUUACGGCAAACACAUAAAAAUACACUAAUAAUGUUAUCAGGCUACUUAAUUCGCCCAUCUAAGAAAACAAAUAUGGGGAUUCAGUUCCCCCACAUGGCCAUAUUGUGUUAAGCCCACAAUUACGUCACAGUAACCCCAAUAUCGGUGGGUCCUACACUAAUUCCUAAUGUGGCAGACAAAUUAAAUAGUGCGAAAUAAGCUAAAGUGUAUUAAGUUAAUCUAUUGUAAGAGCUCUGUGAGUAUACAAAAUUAAUGUGGUAAAGCAAUUAAAAACCGUGUCAAAACUAAACAAUUAAAGUCUUAGUGCUUGGAUGAAUAUACUCACAAUGCAAAUUAAUAUGUGCUAAAUGAAUAAAACCAAGUGCAGGGCAGCAGUAUAUAUAAUUUAUGAAUAACUGUAUUACUCCAUUCUGGCUGUGUUUUGACUCAAAUCAGCGGGGCUGUGCAUAUUCUGUGCUACCACAUACAGUGUGAAAUUCAUAAGGGUCCAUUUUUAAAUGUCUGUUUUGGCAAGCCUAACUCAUAGUGGAUCCAAGUAAAUUCUCCUGUUAAGGAAUACAGCUGCAUAAUUGUUUACAACACUGGUUCAGGGAUGACAUGAACUUGUCAAUGUUCAAUCCCAUCUCAGAAGAUUACUGUCCAAUUUCAUUCCCUCAGGGGCUUACAUCUCUACAGGUUUUCAGUAUAAUUCUUAAUGGGCAGUGUAGGUUAAACAUGGUCAUGUUUGGACAAGCACCACUCUGCUAUAAUUGCAUUGCUGGACCCAAUCCAUUUGAUGGUUUAACAUACAUUUCUAUGGACACGUUUCAAAUUAAAAUUGUAUGCCUGGCUUUAAUAAUAUAUAAACUUUUGACAACCCUUCCUUCUUAGAGUUGGCUGCAUUAUGUUUUGUUUUUUUAAUUUAGAAAUACAUGUGCCGUUUAGGGAAAAAUUAAGUCUUCUAAUACCGUUAUUUAUUUUUAAAAAGGGCCUCUUUGCUUCUGGCAGGAAAGGGAGAUAUUAACAUAACUCGGUGCGCAGUUAAACACAUCGCAAAAAAAGUUGGAACUUUGUAGUUAAAUCAUUUUUUAAGGAUGGAACACUUCAAAGUUACAGUUGAACUUUACUUUCAGAGGAUACAGUUCCACUUUGUUUUUAAAUAACCUAGGAUUUAAAUAGUUGCAAACAGUGUAACUUUAAUCAAAUGUGUUUAUUUAAUAAACUUGUCAGAACAUGCAUAAUAUCAAAAUGAAGUAUCCAUCACAACAGAAAAUUCCCAUGUCCCCUCCCACCCACCCUAAUCCUGUGGACUGAUUAGUGUCCUUUCAGUGUGACUAUACAAUGUAUAUCACUGGGUAUUCAAGUGAGAAUGGACUACAAAUCAUGGGGAGGUGGGAAAUUGGGCUACAGAUUUGAGGGUUGCAAAUACAAUCUUGCAUUCACAUACACUUCUAAAUUCAACCUCCUCAUCCCCCAGUAUGUCCCCACAUUCACCCCUCCCCCCCAGAUUUUUUAUACCAAUAUGCCCUUGCGUUCAUGCAGACACUUCAUGCCAAUACGCAUUUGCCUACACACACGCCUAAAUAAAAUGACCCUCCUUACAUGCAUGUCUUACGUACACAUACUUCCCUGUACACACACACACACACACACACACACUCUCUCUCCCUCUCCCCUUACGUAUGCCACUAUACAUUCACACACUGUCAUUUCAUUUUCAUACAUACCAAGACACUAAAUACAAAUAUGUACAUGCAUUCAUAUGUUCACAUCAUACAAAUCCACACCUUCAUGUACAUAUACUGAAGUUGUAGAGAUACUAAAAAAAAUAAAAUAAAAAAAAACUAGUGAUAGUUUACUAAUUGCUAGUAACUCAAAAUGGAAAACAUUGAGCCAUGUGUAAACAUAUUUUGACAUUUUAUUUGUUAUAUCUUUUUAUUUUGUUUGUAAACUUUGCAUCUUCUUACUUUAAGUCACUAAUUUCUUAAAUGUACUACUUGGUAAAGAUGUGAAUCUCUUAAUCAAAAUCCGAGAACUGAUAGUGACAUAAUCACACUCUUCGUUUUACCAGCUUAACUGUUUUUGUACUUAUUAUACCCAGAGGCGUCUGGUGAAAUCUCUUGAAGACCUUUGCUCCCAGUAUGACCUCACUGUCCGGAGUUCCACUGGUGAUAUCAUCCAGUUUAUCUAUGGGGGAGAUGGGCUUGACCCUGCUGCCAUGGAAGGAAAAGAUGAACCUUUGGAGUUUAAACGUGUCCUUGAGAAUGUUAAAGUAAGUGUUGUAACAAGUGAAACAAAAUGACAAAUGUGUAUGCCAAAACAACAAAUUUAUAUAACUUUUGAGAAUUAUAUCAUUUGUAUUUAAUGUUCUUGAUAUUGACAAGUUCUAGUUGCUGAUGCAUGUCAACUGGAAUUUUUUAUUUGUUCUACUUUUAAGAAAAACCAUAGAGAAAAGAGCAGUAUUUUAUGCUAGAGAUCCAGUUGGUUAAAGCAACACUAAAAUGUUAGGAAAUACAAAUUUUUAUUCCUAAUGCUUAGGUGUCCCUGUCCCUAGCCAUAUAGGUGCGCCAACCCUCAUGUGUCAUAAAUAUUAUAAAAUAAUUUUUAUAUACCCUUUUCCUGCGACAUGAUUCAGUCAGCGCUGCUUUACUCUCAUUCUCCCGCAAUGUCCUGGUCACCUCCGCGGUGGUCCAAUCCAAUUCUCCUCAUAGAAGAGCAUGGAGGACCUGAUGUACACGCGUGGCACGUGCCAAACACACAUUCAAGAUUUUUCAUGGGAUUAUUGCUUUUCCAUGGGCGCAGAAUAAACAACACAUUUGUGAAAUAAAUCAAAGUAUUUCAAGCAAUUAAUUGAAGGCUCAUGGAUAUAUUAAACAUGUGGCUGGUCAUAUCCAUGAUCAUGAGGCUUCAAUCCAUUCUUUGGACUGUUUUCUACUGAUUUGUCAGAGAAGAUAAGAUGAUUGGUUAUAUUAGCAUGACUAACAGUAAUGUAGAUCCUAUUUCACAAAAAUGUUGUCGACCCCUACCUAUAGCAUCAAAGACACUCCUUGUAUGGACAGAGCAGCGUUAGAAUGGCUGAAGUUACCAUAAGAGUGGAUCGAAUGUAAUCACUGUUGGAUUUGUGUCUUUUUGCAAAUAUUGUGUCAGAAGCCAUAUAGUGCCAAACUCUCAAGGCUAAGGCUACAGUGGGUCCUGGUCAGUUAGACUAGAGUAUGCUAUCAGCCAAGGUAUGGUGCAUGAGAAACAUUUGCAUCUCAAGGGGUUUUAGUGACUAUCAUGAUGGAAAUCCAUGAGGCAGAUGCAGCAACAUUUCAGAUGAUGGGUUGUACACUUUAUUGAUUAUAUAAUUAGGCAUACUAGCAGAAAAGCAGUAGAAAAUCAUGCAAAUACCCAAGUAAAAUCGCAGAAUAACUAUUUCAAAUACCUUAAAGCAGCACUGUCACUGUCCAGGGACAUGGCAGAAUUCGCAAAGACCUUUCGACUGUGACAUCGCCACUGGCAAUAAUAUCUUUAUGAAAUACUAAUUUUUCAGGGGGGUGGCAACGGUGCCUCUUUAACUUUGUAAUAUGGAGUAACAGUGGUCUAAUUCUCUUCCUUAUCACUAGGCUGUGUAUCCCUGUUCAGAUGAACCAGCACUUAGUAGAAAUGAGCUUGUUCUCACCACUGAGUCCAUAAUGAAGAAGUCAGAGUUCCUCUGCUGUCAGGAUGCCUACCUUCAGGUAAUCUGUCCUUUUUACCUAUUUGUUAGCAUUUUUCAUCUUUUCUCAUUUGCUUUCAUAUUGCAUAAUGCACACUUUUUUUUUGUGUGCUGUUAGAUGUUCCUAAUUGCAUUAUUGUUAAUCUUUUAAGGACCUGCUCAAGAUUACUGAGCAGCAUGGGCACUUUUCCCUGGACAUUCUAGAACUAAAACUUUUCAUGAUGGUGUACCCCUUUUGGUGGCUGGCAGUAUGGGAGUUGUCAUUCUGCAACAUUUGUGUAUUUGUUUUAUACAUCCCUGUUUGGGCUACUUAUAAGUAGGUUAGUCAUUUUAAUGCUUUCUUGUACCUAGUUCUUAAUAACUCAUUGAGGUUAAUGCUGUAUAGCCAUCCAAUGCUUAUAUGAUGCUGUACUUCCUAAUGUUAUGAAUAUGGGUUGACUGGGUUUUGGACUAAUAACCAAGAGGAUGACUAUAUUUACUGAAAAAUGUACACUUUAUUUUCUGCUACUUUUUUUUUUUUUUAAAUCUUUUAUUUUACCUUGACCGUCAAAGCCCUCUGUGAAGUCAUCACAUUUGUUUCAACUUUCAAAUGUAUUGCAAAAUGGAUUAGAAUCCUUGACACGGUUCUUCUUCUUUUUUUUUUUUUUUUAAUGCUUCCGUUGACUAUGUUGAAAAGACUAUGUUGUCCCUAAUUAUAGCCUUAGCUACAGCUUAUAUACCCUGCACACAGUCUUCAAGUUAAAGGUACCUAUAGCUGUGGGUUCUACCAAAUACCCCAAGGUUUAUCAGGAAUAACCGCCAGAGGCUGGCGCAGGCAUGUCAAACUAUUGGAGGCCUUCAUGAUAGAAUAAGUUACCUGCACUCUCUCCUGACUCCCUAUGCAUAUUUAAACAAAUGGAGGUCAUUUAGUUACUCCAAUGGCCAUUGGUAGGAAUGCCAGCCUGCCAAUGUCAAGGCAGACCCCUUUAAGCGGGUCGUACACUGACCCUUCACCUUGCUUCCUUGAGCCUCUGGCAAAGAUAUCUCUAAUGAGACAGAGAGGGGUAUUUUUUAUAUACACCCCUAUAUACUUAUUAACCCUUAAUAGGGAACACAUGGGGUGGGCGGCAGCAUUGUAACAAAGCUGUGUGAUACAAAAAGUGAAUACAAAUACAAAAGAUAAGUCCUGCGCUCACUCCCAUCACUCUUGGGUGGCAGCAAAGACCACAGUGCACAACAGCCCCAAUAUAUAUACAGUAAAAACCAAAGAAUAAGUUACCUGCACUCUCUCCUGAAUCCCUAUGCAUAUUUAAACAAAUGGAGGUCAUUUACAUUGGCCGGCGGGCAUUCCUUCCAAUGGCCAUUGGAGUGACUAAAUGACCUCCAUUUAUUUAAACAUGCAUAGGGAUUCAGGAGAGAGCGCAGGUAACUUUUUCUUUUGUUUCUACUGUCUAUAUUGGGGCUGUUGUGCACUGUGGUCGUUGCUGCCACCCAGGAGUGAUGGGAGUGAGCGCAGGACUUAUCUUUUUGUAUUUGCCUUCAUGAUAGAGCAGUUUUGUGAGCUACUUCAGUUGCGACUCAUGCCAAUCCUAUAUCAGUCCUGCAUUACAAUUUUUAAUGUUUCUUCAUGUUUCAUAUCGCUGUGGUAGGCUUUCACAGUGAUUGAAUGCUUCCACUCAUGCUACAGGGCAGUAAGCAAUCUUUCUACCUGAUGCAUGCCCGGAUUCAAUGUGUAUUGGGUUAUUGCUUGCUUAGUGAAGCCAGUUCAAUAAUAACCACCAAUUUGACUCCCUAGCACUGUGAUCAUUGUUGAAGCCCACCACAGGCAUGAUAUUGCCUUAAGUGACCUUGUGAUUUGUCUCUCUCAGUGAUCAUUCAAUCUUAAAGCAGAGUUAUGACUGUUCAGCUAGGGUUUGAAUGACAUUUAGAGAAUCAGGUUUUUAAUUGUUUAGUUCGUACAAGACAUUAUUUAGGGGAAAUUGGCUGGUUGGUUUUCAUAACGUUAUAAGUUAUAAAGAAAGUCCGUUUAGGAAGUUACAUUUUUCCUGACGUUGCAGGAAAGUUAAGACUGGUUAAAAGGAAAGCCAUUCGUCCUGGCAGCAUAAAAGUACCCUCUGGACAUAGCUACAUAGUACAAUGACCGUGACCAAUAGCUGUAGCCUGCAGCUACACACUCAGCUCUCUCUCAUACUGUUUCUUCUUUUCGCAGUAGAACAUUACAUUGUAUCCAAUCAUUUUUGGUAUUUGACCCGGCCUUGUUUAAUUUACUUACUGUAAGCAUGGCUUGCUUACCUGAUAUCUGUACUCCUAGACAUUGAUGCUUUCCUUGAUCACACAAUCUGCGACCACACCACCAGCGUGCAGAUUUUACUAUUUCACCUUUCUAUUUUUGUCUUGCUAAACCCUGCACCACUUUGUGUAGCCCAGACAGAGAGCUUUCAGCUCUGUUGGAUAUAGUGGAGGCAGUAAACAGUGCCUGCCUUACACAAGGUAAGUAGUCAGGCCAGUCUAAAAAGAUUUGCCUAAUUACAAUGGGGAGGUUCCUUGGAAAAAGGUUCGCUAGGUCAAACAUAAUUCCAGUAGAACUCUUUUGAAUGACUCUAUUCCCCGGACAACAAGCCACGGGCAUUUAAAUUGUUUCCUUCAUCCAAAAGAGUUUGAGUAAAAGGUAUGUGUCCAUGGAAGGACCUAUCCUGGUUCAAUAUCAAGAAAAUGCUGUUUGACCCAAAGUCUCAUUCAUCUCAAACAUUGACUGAGAAGUAGUCCUAACUUCAUCUUGGAUGAAUCAGUACACUGAUUUGACUCAAAUUUCCACUGUCUGGGAUUUUAAAGAGAUAUUUUUCUAUCUAACUAGAUUGUAUGGCUUAAUUUAGAACGUCUGACUUUUUUUUAGGGCCUUUGCAUUCUUCAGAACUGUUCUUAACAAGAUGGGUGUGGUACCCUCUGCCCAGUUGGUUUAACAAAAAGACCCAACGACUGUCUGCCCUUGACCAAAGAACAGAUAGACAUACAUUGUGAAUUAAGAGCUAAAACCUUUCUGGAUUAACAAAAAAAAACACGCAACCCAUUGCUAACAUUUAUCUCAAAUGUGAGAAUUCUUUUUUUUUUUUUUAAUUUCCUAAUGGCUGUGUUUAGCCUAUUAAUACCAAUGAAAACCAUUGUAUCACACAUUUUUGUUUUCAAUGCCCAAACCUUUUUAGCCUCACCUUAGCAGAUCAGAGGUUUAACACAAACUGAACAACCUGCUUGAUUUACUUCCCCUAUUCUAUGUGUGUAAUACAAUGCAUGAUGGCAUUGUGGAAACACAAUUUAUCACCUUUAUAAGUAGCAUAGUAGAAGAAACAGGCUUGAUGGCCCAAGGAUUUUUCACUUGCAAGCUUGGUAGAAUGUCAUUUAUGAUAAAUAUGGUUGCAGCUGCUGAACUGUGAGGAAUGACUGUCUAAGAAUGCACCAAGAUUAUGUUUUAUCAGCCUUUUUGUACAUGAAUUGAAAUCUUAACAGCUAGUGGCCACUCUACUCUUUGUACUAUGCAAAAACAAGGCAAUGCGUCCCUUGUUGACAAAUUGCCAGCAUUCUGCAGUGGUUAACAGUUACGUUUUUAAAUGUACACAAGUGAUUUUGCAAGCAUCUCAACAGUGAGGAUUUAAAGGAUUUGUUAUAUCAUUAUUUCACGGCCAGAAGGGUCAACAGUAUUGAUCCCCUAGGCAGGUGAAAAAAAAAAAAAUAGCUGCAAAUCUUCACAAUGUUCUGAAAUGUGUAAACUAGCAAUGAAUAUUUAUCACUUUUGUUGAAACAUUACACUUUUUUUUGUGUUCUAUUUUUUUCCUGACUUUCUCACCAUUUCCCACAUUGUAAGUCGUUCACUGAUACAGGGUACAGAAGAUACUACGAGGUAACGGCAGCAUGAGACUGAGUCUUGCGUACUUACACUCUGCUUACAUGUGUGCGCGGCUUCAGACUUUAAAGUACAUUCCGAAAUUAAACUGCAAGCUUUUAAGGCCAUUGGAGGUUUGUGGGAUUUGUGGCUUAAUAGCUCAGUAGCCACAACUGGAUAGCACUUAAUCGACCCCUUACAUGUUUAAGGCUAGAAAAAUGGCGUUCGCCAUCUCCACAUCUUAAUGCAUGCCAGCAUACAUUCACGCCAACAGCAGCUAAUGUUUGACGUCCGACUUAUUAUAUUUAAUGGCUUUAUACACUGCUUUAAUAAUGCGUUGUGAUACUAUGAAUCCACCUACACAUUCUCUAUAUUUUACGAGCAACCACUGAGUCAGUCAGGAGUGUUUUCUGUUGAUGUGGCAACCGAAUAUUCAUUUUGGCACCAAUAUUGUGUUAUAUUUACAUUUUGUGUUACUAAUCCAAAUUACAGAUAUUGAGAGCAUGUCAAAUGGUUUUAAAUUUAUUUUUUGUAAUUAUGUGUAGGUGCUUUAUUGAAAGCGCAAUGUGUUUUGCCGUAUGUCCCCUUAACAAGAAACGCUUCUACAGAUUUAUAAUUCACAUGAAUAUAUGAACUGGCACUCCCAUGUGUCAAAUCAACACAUGAACAAAAGUGUUUUCUUAAAAAUGAAAUUAUCUGGUUAACAAGCAUAACAAUGCAGAUGAGUUUAGAAAUCCGUACUGAUGUUAGUACAUUGGAUGAGUUUUACCUGUAAGAUGUAUGUAGUCACGAUUUGUUUGCUCGUUGUAUAAUUUGUAUGUUUUAUGCAAAUGCACACUAAAGAGCACAUUAAAUGGACAAUAUAGUCCCCAAAACAACUUUGGCUUAAUGAAGCAGCUUUCUGUAUAGAUCAUGCCCCCCAAGUCUCACUGCUCAAUUCACUGCCAUUUAGGAGUUAAAUCACUUUUGUUUUUGUUUGUGAAGCCUUAGGCCAGGCAUAGGAAACCUUCGGCACUCCAGAUGUUGUGGACUACAUCGCCCAUAAUGCUCUUACACCCAUAAUGUUGACAAAGCAUCAUGGGAGUUGUAGUCCAAAACAUCUGGAGUGCCGAAGGUUGCCUAUGCCUGCCCUAGGUACACCUCGCUGCUUGUAACUUACACAGCCUGCACGUAAACAAAAUGUUCAUUUUCAAUCAAAUAUAACUUACUUUAAAAGUUUUUAUUCCCUGCUCUGUAAGUUUAACCUUUAUCACAUACAGGAGGCUCCUGCAGGGUCUUGCAAGCUAAUAACAGCGCAGUAGAUAGGAAAUUCUAAAUUAAACAGUGUAAAAAUUAGAUGACUCUUUACAGGAAGUGUUUAGGAAGGCUGUGCAAGUCACAUGCAGGGAGGUGUGACUAUGGCUGUAUAAACAAAGUGAUUUAACCACUAAAUAACAAAUAAUUGAUCAGUGAGACUGUAGGGGCAUGAUCUAUACACCAAAACUGCUUCAUUACAAAGUUAUUUUGGUGACUAUACUGUCCCUUAAAUGUUUGUUUUGGUUUAUUGCUAUAUUCACACUAUAAAAGAUAUUCUCUAAUGGAAGAAACCCAUACUGACAGACAACUUUUAGCAGCUUAAUUUUUAUUCUGCUUGAUAAUGCAAUAACUGAGGUCUAAUGAUGGCAGAAUAGAAACACAGAAACAUAGACUGUGACUGCAGAUAAGAACCAUUCGGCCCAUUUAGUCUGCCCAAUUUUUUAAAGACUUUUAUUAGUCCCUGGCCUUAUCUUAUAGUUAGGAUAGCCUUAUGCAUAUCCCACACUUGCUUAAACUCCUUUACUGUGUUAACCUCUACCAAUUCAGAUGGAAGGCUAUUCCAUGCAUUCACUACCCUCUCAGUAAAGUAAUACUUCCUGAUAUUAUUUUUAAACCUUUGUCCCUCUAAUUUAAGACUGUCCUCUUGUUGUGGUAGUUUUUCUUCUUUUAAAUAUGGUCUCCUCCUUUACUGUGUUGAUUCCCUUUUAUGUAUUUAAAUGUUUCUAUCAUAUAACCCCCUGUCUCGUCUUUCCUCCAAGCUAUACAUGUUAAGAUCCUUUAACCUUUCCUGGUAAGUUUUAUCCUGCAAUCCAUGAACCAGUUUAGUAGCCCUUCUCUGAACUCUCUAAGGUAUCAAUAUCCUUCUGAAGAUACGGUCUCCAGUACUGCGUACAAUACUCCAAGUGAGGUCUCACCAGUGUUCUGUACAAUGGCAUGAGCACUUCCCUCUUUCUACUGCUAAUAACUCUCCCUAUACAACCAAGCAUUCUGCUAGCAUUUCCUGCUGCUCUAUUACAUUGUCUGUCUACCUUUAAGUCAUCAGAAAUAAUCACCCCUAAAUCCUUUUCCUCAGAUGUUGAGGUUAGGACUAUCAAAUAUCAAAUAUUCUGUACUCUGCCCUUGGGUUUUUCUGUCAAAGAUGCAUUAUCUUGCAAUUAUCCACAUUAAAUGUCAGUUGCCACAACUCUGACCAUUUUUCUAGUUUACCUAAAUCAUUUGCCAUUUGGCUUAUCCCUCCAGGAACAUCAACCCUGUUACAUAUCUUAGUAUCAUUAGCAAAAAGACAUACCUUACCAUAAAGACCUUCUGCAAUAUCACUAAUAAAAAUAUUAAAGAGAAUGGGUCCAAGUACAGAUCCCUGAGGUACCCCACUGGUGACAAGUCCAAGCUUCGAAUAUAUUCCAUUAACUACAACCCUCUGUUGCCUGUCACUCAGCCACUGCCUUACCCAUUCAGCAAUAUUGGAAUCCAAACUUAAAGAUUGCAGUUUAUUGAUAAGCCUUCUAUGUGCAACAGUGUCAAAAGCCUUACUGAAAUCUAGGUAAGCAAUGUCUACUGUACCACCCUGAUCUAUUAUUUUAGUUACCCAAUCAAAAAAAUCCAUAAAAUUAGUUUGGCAUGUGCUCCCUGAAGUAAACCCAUGUUGUCGCUGAUCUUGAAAUCCAUGUGUUUUUAGAUGUUCAACAAUCCUAUCCUUUAACAUGGUUUCCGUUACUUUCCCCACUACUGUAGUAAGGCUUACAGGCCCAUAGUUGCCCGACUCCUCCCUGCUACCUUUCUUGUGAAUGGGCACAACAUUUGCUAACUUUGCAUCUUUUGGGACUACUCAUGUUAGCAAUGAUUGGUUAAAUAAAUCUGUUAAUAGUUUUGCUAGUACACCACUAAGCUCUUUUAAUAACUUCGGGUGUAUUCCAUCAGGUCCCAUUAACCCCUUAAGGACUGGACUGUUUUUGCGAUGUUGUACAUUUGCGACCAGGCCUCUCUUUACACUUUUGUGGUGUCUGUGUUUAGCUGUAAUGUUCUCCUCUCUUAUUUACUGUUUCUAUAUAAACUAUAUAUUUUAUUUUUUUUAGGACAAAAAGGACUUUUUUUUUUUUUUUUUUUACAUACGGUUAUUUAUAUAAUCUCAUGUAAUUAAAAAAAAAAUUUUGAAAAAAAUACAUGUUUUUUGACUUUUACUUGAAAAAUCUUUUACUCCUCUACAAAUGCAAAUGAAAAAAACUGCUAAAUAGAUUCAAAAUUUUGUCCUGAGUUUUUAAAAAUACCCAGUGUUUACGUGCUUUUUUUUGCAAGUUAUAGGGCUAUAGGUACAAGUAGGAUAUUGCGGUUUCAAAACAUAAAUUUUUAAAAUUUAUCAAUAGUGACAUUGUAACACUUAUCUGUCAUAAGUCUCUAAAUAACCCCCUCACAUGUACAUAUAUUUUUUUUAAAGUAGACAACCUAGGUUAUUCAAUAUGGGGUAUAUCCAGUCUUUUUUAGUAGCCACUUAGUCGAAAACACUGGCCAAAGUUAGCGUUCAUAUUUGUUUGUGUGUGAAAAAAGUAAAAAACUAAAUUGAAUGCUAAUUUUGGCCAGUGUUUGUGACUACUAAAAAAGACUGGACAUACCCCAUAUUAAAUAACCUAGGUUGUCUACUUUAAAAAAAAUAUAUGUACAUGUGAGGGGGUUAUUCAGAGAUUUAUGACAGAUAUGUGUUACAAUGUCACUAUUGAUAAAUUUUAACCCCAUUUGCAAUACUUUGGGUUGUCUUCUUUUGCAACUGGUAUGCCAUCAUGUGGGUAAUUCUCAUUCCUGGGCUACCAUACGCUCUCAAAGGCAACGUAACCAACCUGGCCAUUUUCAAUGUAAAUAUAUUUCACCCAUAUAUUUGACCCUGUAACUUUCAAAAACGCUAUAAAACCUGUACAUGGGGGAGACAUCGCUGAACACAAAUAUUAGUGUUUAAAAACUGGAAAACGUAUCACAACAAUUAUAUCAUCAGUAAAAGUGCUGUUUGUGUGUGAAAAAUGCAAAAAAAAGUCACUUUCACUGACUAUCAUCGCUGUGAUAUGUUUUACUGUUUUGAAUCACUAAUAUUUGUGUUCAGCGAAGUCUCCCGAGUAAAACAGUACCCCCAUAUACAGGUUUUAGGGUGUCAUAGAAAGUUACAGGGUAAAAUAUAGUGCUAGCAAAUUAAAUUCUCUGGACUUUCGGUCUGGGUUGGCCGGCAGGUCCCUCAAAUUGCAAUCAAUAAAAUUACUUAUGUAAAAAUAUUACAUAAAUACGCACGUAGAAUUUAAAUAUAUAUGCAUAUUUAUAUAGUUGAAGUCUACGUGUAUAUUUAUAUAAUUAUUUAUGUAAUUUUGUAUAGGGACAUAUGUAUAUUUUGUAUUAUUUUUAUUUAUAUAUACAUAGAUAUAUAUACAAUUUCAUUCUAAGUAUAUUUUGAUAUAUAUAUUACUAUCAAAAUACAGUUAGAAUAAAAUUUCAUAUAGAUAUAUAAUUUUUUUAUUAUAAUUUUUACAUGUUUUUAUUUAAUUUGAAUUAUUUGUAUUUUAUAAUAUAUACAAUAUAUAGUAAUAUAUAUGUGUGUAAUUUAAUUAUAAGUGUAUUUUUAUAUUAAUAUAUGCACAUAUUAAUAUAAAAAUACACUUAGUAUGACUAUAUAUAUAUAUAUAUAUAUAUAUAUAUAUAUAUAUAUAUAUAUAAUUUAUAGACAUAUAUUAUAUAGAUAUAAUAUAUGUCAUAUAUAUACACACACAUAUAUAAUUCUAUUUUUUUAUUAACAUUAACCUUUAUUUUUUUUAAUGAUUUUACACUAGCAGGGAGACUGCCUGUCCGCCCAGACAGUCCCUCUGCAGGCAGACACUAGGACACCUAUUGUGACCAUGUGACCGCUCUGUUGAGCGAUCACAUGGCCACAGUGGUCCUAAUCUACCGCGGGGAGACUGUCUGGGCUGCAGGCAGUCUCCCCACACCGGGAGCAACGGCGAUCACCGCCGGGAGAACUACGGCGAUCGGGUUAGUACAUCUGACCGUUAGGACGGUUCAGGACCCUCACUGGUCGGCAACGCAAAAAUGCCGAUGACGGCCCUGAACCGUCCUAGGUCCUGAAGGGGUUAAAUUAUUUCUUUACUUUUGACAGUUGAAAUAGAACCUCAGCGGAAAGUAAAUAAGGUGGGGUGGGAAUAACCACUCACGCUGAGGUGGGCGGUCCACACUCCACUAAGGAGAACCUCCAAAAAGUUAAAAAAUUUAAUGUUUGUGGUAUUAGCCUUUAUUAAUGUAUAUAGCCGAAUAAAAGAAAUUUCAUGUUUGUGGUUAAAAUCAGAAGCUGAAAUAGAACCUCUUCCUCUGUAAACUCACAUGUAACAAAUGACUCAUUUGCCCCUUUUACCUAACUGAGGCCCCUUUCCUUCAUUUUCAUCUGAAAAUACUGAACAAAAAUAUUCAUUGAGACAGUCAGCUAGACCUUUAUCCUCUUCUACAUACCUUCCUUCUUUUGUUUUUAAUCUAACUAAUCCUUGUUUUACUUUCCUUUUCUCGUUUAUGUAUCUAAAAAGGUUUUGUCCCCAUUUUUUACUGACAGUGCUAUUUUCUCUACUGUGUGUGAUUUGGAAGCUCUUAUAACUUGCUUAGCCUCUUUCUGCCUAAUCUCAUAGAUCAUUCUGUCUUCAUCACUCUGUUUUUUUUUAUAAUUUCUAAAUUCUAACUUUUUUUUACUAUUUUGGCCACAUCUGCAGAGUACCACGGUGGUUUCUUGAAUUUUUUGCUUUUACUGACCAGCCUAAUGCAGUUUUCUUUUGCCUUCAGCAGUGCAACUUUUAAAUAAUCCCAUUUCUCUUGGACUCCAUUUAAAUUGCUCCAGUCUGAUAAUGACUCCUCUACACAUAUUCUAAUUUUAGAAAAGUCUCCCUCUAGGGAGUUUAGAAUAUGUGUGCUCUUGGCACAAGCAGCUGUUUUGGUUUUCCAAUUCACAUCAGGAAGAUUAAAGUCACCCAUGAUGAUAACUUCCCCCUUCAUUAUCAUUUUAGCUAUUUCCUCAACUAGUAGAUUAUCUAACUCUUCUAUUUGUCUUGGGGGCCUAUAAAUCACACCUACACAAGUUACUGUGUGAUUACCAAAUUCUAACGUAACCCAAACGGAUUCCAUGUUCGCCUCAUUAACUUUUAUUAGGCUAGAUUUUAUGCUAUCCUUCACAUACAGGGCAACCCCUCCCCAUUUGUUGCCUUCCCUGUCUUUUCUAUAUAAAGAGUACCCUGGUAUUGCUAUGUCCCCGUCAUUUUUCUCAUUAUACCAUGUCUCAGUAACAGUGACUAAAUCUACACUAUCAGUUGCCAUUAUUGCCACAAGUUCAUGGAUCUUUUUCCCUAAACUACGAGCAUUUGUAGACAUGACUCUAAGCUUAUCAUUUUUUAACACAUUUGCUACAAGCACCUUCUGUCCUUGUUUUGGGGGGCAAUUGGUUUGAUGUUUUAUCAUCCUUUUGCCAGUCCUAGUUUAAAUACAUCCUAGCAAAACCUCUGAACUGCUCACUGAGAACAUUUGUUCCCUUUUAAGAAAGAAGCAAACCAUAUUUUUUGUACUGUGUAUUUCCAUUCCAAACAGAGCUACCAUGAGAAAUUAAGCCAAAUCCUUGCUCCCGACACCAUUUACCAGAAUUAACAUUCUUAGAGAAUUUGGAGCAAACUUAGUUUGGUGGUGCAGUAGCCUUGGCUUACCACCUCCUUAAUGUGCAUCCUAGUAUAAUCCAUAAACUUUGCAAUACAGGAAGUUUAAAAAUUAGAUCUCUUUACAGAAAGAGUGUAGAGAGGCUUUAUGAGUCACAAAGUGAUUUAACUCCUAAAUGGGAAAGCAUUGAGCUGUGAGACUGCAGAGGCAUGUCACCAAAACCACUUUAUUAAAAGUUAUUUUCGUGCUGUGUCCCUUAAGAGCUCACUGUAUGAAGGAUAAUAUUUAAAACAAAAAGUUAGUUAUGUUUCUCAAAAUAAAAAAAAAUGCGUGUUUUUAUAGAGUUUGGAUAUGACAACACAUGUGUGUACUGGGUGUUGGCAGCGAAUGAGAUGCAAUCAGAGAGCGUGCAGUGAAGUUGUAGCUAAGUAACCAUAGUAAUUAGUUGCCUGGGCUGUUUUAUUUAAUUACUAAUUAGCUUUUAGGUUAUCAUUUCCUUGAGUAACUAAGAUGAAAGCUGUUGACGUGGAAGAUCUUUUAACUAAAAAAAAAAAAAAAAAAGCUAAAUAUUUUUUUUUUUUUUUUUCCUCAUUCUGUAUCUUGUCAGUUUUAAGAAUGGAUAAUAAAGUGAUUAACUUCACUCAAACCACUGCGACCAGAACAUGUUUCUGCUUGUUUACCAUUAACUGAUCUCCUGUGAGAACACCAGGCUCUUAGCAUUCUCUGUGUGCUAAACAGAUAUUGCCUCAAGGCACCAUCUUUCUAAAGCGUCAACAUAUAUUUAUAGAUGUCUAUGCUACGCUUUAAACCGGCUGCAUGUUUGCUUUCUAAUGCUUUUUUUUGUUUUUGUUUUUAACUAAACAUGCUUUUGCAAGCUAUACAGAUGCAAUCACAAUUUCCUUCUGGACUUUGUACAUUUGACUAAUAAAAAAUUAUUAUGGCAGAAUUUUUUUUUUUUUUUUUUCUGUGACGAGUAGGUAAUUCUGAUCCAUAGGGGAAAAAAAAAAAAAAUCUACAGGUACAAAAACUCAGACUUUUAAUACACGUAAUGCCAUAAUGGGUGAAACAUGACUAGGUAAAAUGUAAGCGUACAUAAAGAGAAAGCAUAUUGCUUAUUCUCUGUAUGAGAUUCUUGACAGUGGGCUAAUUCAGGAUGGUUUAAUUCCGAUCUCUUCUCCAUUCUCUUCCAGGAAAUUAGGAAAUUUGUGAAGGGAGUUUCCGAACGAAUUAAGAAGACCCGUGAUAAAUACGGUAUCAAUGAUAAUGGCACCACAGAGGUACGUGCAAGAGGGGGCCCCACUAUAGAGGCCAGGCUCUCUGUCUGUGACAUUUCCUUCUGCUAUUACUAUAUCAGUGGCCUAGAAUUUAAUAUUCACAGUUCAAUACUUAACCAGGAAUUGACAGUCUUCACAGCUGGCGGGGAGGUGAAUAUGCUUAAUUCACUCGGUAGAUGUGCUGCCAAGUGUUUGAGGUCACUUUCUGAGGGCAAAUACGCUGCAUGACUUCACUUAGUCUUUCUCAUCUGACGGAGAAAACUGGAUGUGACAUUAGAUGUGUUUAUUGUCGGAAUGGUAAAUUUAGUUAUUAGCAAUAUGUGGGUUAAUUGUAAAAGCUGUAAUUGUCCAGAUUCUCUCCUUACAUAAGACAAAGUUAUUUUUGAAAAGCUUUAACGCAGACCUAAAGGCGUUAAGUGACAUUUGUUCUUUCCUUAAACAUAAGAAAAAUGAGAAGUGACUCUGAAACACAUUGUUGAUGAAAUUAGCGGUAGCUGAGGGGCAGAAAGCCAGUCAAAACUGGAAGGUAUCUCCUUUCAAAACUGCAUUGCAAACUGAAUUUUAAUAUGUGCAAUGUGGGGAUGAUCUACAAGUAGAUCAAACAUUAGCAGGUUAGAUCAGAUGCAUUGCACUGUUUUGCAAAAAUGUGCAAUUUCAUCAGAAAAUGUUUAUAAAUAAGAUCGGUUAAAUAUAGUUGUUUAGUUAGCAGAAUUAUAAGUAAUGGCAUUUAAAGGGAAAUCCUUGCUCACCACCUCCCCUUCUCAGGGCAGAAACCCUUAAUUCACUUAAUUACUCUCCGCUUCCGCGACUUUAUGAGUGCCUUGAUCGCAUUAGAACAAUCAAUGCUUUCCUAUGGGGUUUUUGCAGACGCUGGAUGUCAUCGUGCAUAGAGUUUGGAUGUCCAAUGUCAGGCAACCAAAAUUAGUCUAGUGACCCGGAAGCUAAUAGACAGCCACUAGAGGUGGAGUUAACGCUGCAAUGUAAUUAUUGCAGUUUCUCAAUAACUGCAAUAAUUACAAGGGCAGGGUUAAACUGACUGUGAGAGUGCACCCAGGCAACUUCAAUUAACUGAAAUAGUCUGAGUGCCUAUAGUGUCCCUUUAAAUAUAAAGUUUGAAAAAGCACUCUGUUAGACUAAUUCAGCUUUUAUUUAUUUAAUCAUCUCUUCUAUAGAUUGUUCAAGUAUUUGUUUUAUUUUUGUAAUAUUGAACAUAGAGGUUGAUUUUUUUUGUUGUUUGUUUUUUUAAAUACCAACCACCAAUCUCUUCACUAACAAUGCAAAACACGUUCAAUAUUCUAUUGGUUUGCAUACCCAUUCACUGUGUUUUAAUAUGAGUGUGUGAUCUCUUUUUAUAAUUUUGGUUUAGCCGCGAGUCUUAUAUCAGCUGGAUCGAAUCACCCCCACGCAGCUUGAAAAGUUUUUGGAGACCUGUCGAGAUAAGUACAUGAGGUAAGCACAUUUGCUUCUUUCGAACCAUCAUUGUAGAUUGAAGAAGUCUUAAAAACACGCAAAUCAACCCUCUUCUGUGUCCUCAGAGCACAGAUGGAGCCUGGCUCAGCUGUGGGUGCCCUAUGCGCACAAAGUAUUGGAGAGCCGGGCACACAGAUGACUCUAAAAACGUUUCACUUUGCUGGAGUUGCUUCCAUGAACAUCACCUUAGGAGUUCCUCGCAUUAAGGAGAUCAUAAAUGCUUCAAAGAACAUCAGGUGUGUUCUUAUACAUUUCUUUGAAUGAAUUGUGGUAAACUUAUUUUUCACUAGAUUGUUGAUGUUUUGGUAUCUUCGUCAGUUGGCCAUAAAAUUAGUGAAGUGGUUUCCUGUACCAAAGAAACUCAAAGGGGCUGAGAUUUGGUAUAGAAUGAGGUGCAUCGUUACUGUCGAAGAAAGAUACAUUUGUAACUUAUGAUCUUCCCUGACCGUAACACCUGAGAAAUGCAUACAUGUACAUAAAAAUAUACCCCUACUUGAUAUGGCUGCUUCAUAUAUUUUGAAUAAAUCAUAAAACUACACUCUUCUUACUGUAAUUCAUUAGAAAUAUCCUGCCAGUGAGCGUAAAAAUAUAUUUUUGAGCUUUUCUUACAAAAUAUUUUUCCUCCCAUCAAGUGUAACUGUCAGUGGAGUUUUUUGUUUUCUUCUUUGUUUUUGUUUUUUUUCUUGUGUCUUUAUUUUAUUAUUUUGUUUUGUUUUCACAUCACAAUAGAUUUAAUUCACAUAAUACAACACUUUAUCAGAGUCAGAGUAGGAAACGAAUAUCCAUGCAUGAAACUUGCAAUGUGAGCGAUUUUAAUUUUUUAAUUUUAAUUGUUUUUAUUUUUUAAAUAGAUAAACCUAAAGCAAACAACCAUGCAUGGGCAUUUGCAUAUAUAACAGGGAGGUCAGAAUAUAGACUUUUUAAAAUAUGAAAUGCUUCUACUAUGGUGGAUAGAGUGUUGAGCUGAAUAGCAAUUUAUAAGGAUCAGGGGUCCACCUUGGAAAAAUGUAACAAAAUUAAGCAAAAAAAAAAACCACAUCACCCUUGCUGAGUGAUAUCUCCUCAUUCGAUUCCAAAUCUGCAGGAGGGCAGCCGUCCCCUUGGUAGGUAGUCCCACAUUAUUUAGACUUGUAGCUUAGUUUGACCUGCUAUGGCACUGUGUGUAGAAUCCACGAGGCCUCCCAAAAACAGAUACUGUAGAAGAGUCAUCUCCAUGACGCUAGUCCUAGGCCCAACGCCAAACCUCCACAGGUUCAACCUGGAUUAUCUCCAUUGCAGAUAUAUGUAUUGAGGUGAAGUCCGUAUGCGUCUCCUUAUUUAGGUAAAGAUUCCAGCAGCUUAAUCGGUUAUGCAACAGUCCCAACAAUUUAUAUAGGCAGUUGUCCACCUCAUGGUGACCAUGUGAAGUAUACUGUGGUCUCCGCUUCUUUGCUGCUAAACAUGACAGGAAAUACUGUGUUCUUUGCUUCCUUGCUGCUAUACAUGACAGGAAUUCAGAUAUGCUAUAUCCGUACUGUCGGAUAGGGCGUCAGGAGAACGGCCUUUCCUUCCACGACAGCAAUGUGUGUAUUCCACAGGAAUCUCAACCCAGACAAGAAAGGUGGCAAAUUUAGUAUGGCCAGAUUCACUGAGGUGCCCUCUAACAGAUGAGUUACCACCUGCAAGAUUAGCAAGCUUACUGGUUUUAUUGCUCCAAAACCCGUAGUGAGCUCAGGUGCUCGCCGAGCACGUGUCCUCUCAGCUCGGCAGUCCGACUCUACCCCCAGAAGUGAAAUUUAUUAAUAGGAGGGGGGGAGGGAAGCAAAUAUAAUGAAUUCUAUCAGCUUAAUGUCUUUCACAACAGACUUCUUGCCUGGCCAGGCCUGUCUUUAUAUAAAGUGAUUAGUCUGAUAAUUUGACAUGAAGGGAUUCAUAAUUGUACUCGCAUUCCAUAGACAAAUCAUCCACUCCAUACAGAUGCAAGAGCCAUAAUGCUGAUAACAGGCACAUGUUUUAUGGCGAAUGCCGCUUUGUUAUGGCAGUAUGUCUAGUUAUGUAUGACUGUGCCGUAGCAUUGCAUGUACCUGUGACUGCUUUACUACUAUAGGUUGCCUCUCACUUUAUGUAUGUGACAAAUACAUAUGAGACUAGCCAUAAUGUGAUAGAGACCCCUGCAAGGGCUCAAGACAUUGCCUCUACUAUGUGUUUUACCCAAUAGACAUGGAGUUGUGAAAUUUUGAAGAAGAGGGAGCUGGAUCUUUUUAUUUCUUUUCUCAAACUUGUAGUCCAUAAUCAGGUCAUCCAUACCUGUCCUGCUAAUAUAUAACACCCAGUAUUUCACUGCAGCACGCCAAUCAUUACCGCCCACCUGGAUGUUGAUGACGAUUCGGACUUUGCCCGUCUUGUGAAAGGCCGCAUCGAGAAGACCUUGUUGGGGGAGGUAUGCAGACAAAAUAAGCUCUCUGGCUAAAUUCUGUUUGUAUUUACUUCUUCCCCUGUUUUUGACUGUUUUGCUAUACACUAUUGCAAUAAAAUUCUUAGUACACUGACAUAGAAAAAUAAACUAUGUUAAUGAGUGUAAAGUUCAGAGUUAAUACAAUUGAUAUUAUCAUCCUAUAUUGUUGUCGUAUGUAUGGCCUUCAUGAAUCCUGCUUUCUAGUUCUUGGUCCAAACUGCUCAUAUCCCUAGGAUGACAUUUACAUAUUCCUGCCUAGUUUUAUUUAGAAAGUGUUUUACCAGGAUAAGUACACGGUGAUGUCUCUUGGUUUUAAAUAUGUUCUAGAAUUCAUAAGCAAAACAACAUUAUUAUUCAAGGUUAUAAAACACAGAUAGCCGUGAGCAGUUUUUACAUGAUUUAGUUGAUUAGAGAUAGUGAGCGAGCAGUGGGAAAUCUACAAUCUCUGAGUUAGGGCUGUCUGUGUGUGAAGAAAGGACUUGUAUUUAUCCAUGGCCUCUGACUGGACAAUAUACAUUCUUUUGAGGUUUAUUUGUGUGAUUUAUACAAGCCAUUAUUUAAACUGAGAGCGGUGCCAGGGCAAUCCUGGCACCACAGUCACUCCAGCACUCUGUAGUGUUUAUGGUGCAAGGGGUGCUUCUUUAAAAUAAAGACCUGUACUUUGUUCUUCCUUUUAAAAAAAACAUUGGAUAAAAAACUCUGCCUAUUAGUUUUUGUUUGUUUGUUUUCUGAAAAGUUAAUAUUUAUGAUGGUAGCUUAGGCCAUCUCACUUCUGCCAUCUACUUUUUGCAUGAGAGUGCAGUAAGUUAAAUCGUAUGAGGAAAUGCAACAGUCCGUAACCUUCUAAUUGUAUCCAAGGCUGUCAGAAAAGCCAGCAGUUGUAACUCUCCUCUUGGUGUCCCAAUGUAGCUCCGUCAAUACUCUGGGCAAAGAUUGUUGGCUCCUUCUUUUAAAAAUAUUUUUCUCAGGGUAGAUUUUAUAGGUUCCUGGAGACAGAGGCUGUUUGGCAUGCAUUUGUAUAGUUAGGCACAUCAUUGCCAAUCUUCCUACACAACAGCUGAUUGAACACGAUAGACGCAGUAGUUCUACAGAUGGCAAAAUCUCAUUGCAAGUAACUUAUCAGAAUCCUACAUUCACCUUUAAUGGGCACUUCUUGUAUUGGCUUAGCUCCUUACUACUGGAAGACAGGUCAAAUAAAUGUAAUGAUCUAUUAAAAGCAGAGUUGUUCUGUACAGAAUGAAUGCGAAAACUGCUUCAUGAAAAGCAUUUAAAGUAAAUGAAUUCAAGAUCUGUGUUAAAAUAAAAUGCGUAUUAAGGAAUAGAGAUGUCGCGAACCGUCCGCGGCAAACUCCGGUCAGCUGACACGUCCCGGCCAAUCUCCAGCAGACCCUCCCUCCCAGACCCUCCUACUUCCUGGACAGCAUCCAUGUUUCAACUGCUGUCCAGGAAGUAGGAGGGUCUGGGAGGGAGGGUCUGCUGGAGAUUGGACGGGACGUGUCAGCUGACCAGAGUUCGCCGCGAACAGCUCGUGGCGAACCGUUCGCGAGAAGUUCGCGGACGGUUCGCGACAUCUCUAUUAAGGAAUUCACUGCUUAUUACUCAGUGUACUCAGUGUUUUCUUUUGUUUUUUGGGGGGGUUUAUGACAGUACAUUUUUAUAUUUUUACAGAUAUCAGAAUACAUCGAAGAAGUAUUUCUUCCUGAUGACUGCUUUCUGCUGGUGAAGCUUUCUCUAGAACGCAUAAGGUUGUUGAGGCUGGAGGUAAGGGAUUCGGAGACUUUCAAACUGAGAUUAAUAGCCUUUGUUACCCUGCACCUAAAUGGAAAAUACAGUUCUCUAAAGUUCUUUAGCUUGCUGAACUGCUUUAGGGGUUAAAGGGACACUCCAAACAACUAAAGCACUUUAACUGGAUGAAGUGCUUUAUGUGUGAAGAUGCGGGCAAUUGCCCAUAGCACCUGGGGAAGUCUGAGCUUGGCUAGAAUAGGAGGGCUUGCAAAGGCUGUAGACAAGAGAUCUGCAGCUUUUGAAUAGUGUUUUCGAUGUAUCCACAAUGAAUAAAUGCAUGCAUUUUUUUCCGCUGGAGGUAUAUCUACUAAAUAGUUAUUUUUUUAUUUUAUUUUUUGUGCAGUGGAGUGUCCCUUUAUUUUUUUUAAUUUUUAAUUUUUUUUUAUAAAAGUCCAGAUUUGAAGAGAUAUUGGUACUGUUAUAAACCCAUUCAAACAAGUGUCAACCAGGUAUCCAGGAGGGUUUCCUGCCUCACUUGCUUUAAAACUAUAGUUCGAAGUUGACUUGAAUGCUUAUCAUAGUUUCAAAGCUCCUCUAAAAGAAGCCUUUCUAGCAUUUUGUGGUGAUAGACUGCACCAGCACAGUGUUUCCAGAUACUUCUCUAUGAGAAACAUCUGAUUGUAUACAAGUCAUUAGUAUUGACAACGUCCGAGAGGAAACUAUCCCAGCGUUGGAAUAAAAGUCUUUCGAUUUAUUUUUAAUUGGUGUGUUCCUUUUAACGUUGCAACCUACGUACCCCUUGAUAACAUUGGUGGAUACUAAGUUUGCCUUUUUGUAAAAUGUUUCAUCUUUUACAACAAAGCUGGCUUUGUGAACUGAGGUACCCAAAAAUUCUGAGAUGUUUUAGAACUCUAACACUCAUCAUGCUUUGCUACUCUAAAUGCUGGCAAAGUAUUUGUGGUACUAAAACAUCUUAUGUACUUUUAGCAAGAUAUUCAACAUUACUUCAGCACAUCAUUCUGGUCUUCAUCAAUGGUCCACAUUAUUUCCACAUUUUCAUCACCAGGCAAUGGACAUACACCUUACCUCCGUUGCUUCAUUUAUUUAUUUGCCACCCAGGUUAAUGCUGAGACUGUCAGAUACUCAAUUUGCAUGUCCAAGCUGCGUGUGAAACCUGGGGAUAUUGCCGUGCAUGGGGAGGCUGUAGUGUGUGUUACCCCACGAGAAAACAACAAGAGCUCGAUGUACUAUGUCUUGCAGACCUUGAAAGAGGAACUCCCAAAGGUGGGUAUGAGGGUGCUUUCCAUAAUUGACAUAUAGUUAAAUACAGAGACAAUACAAAGUGCAACACUGCAUUUUCACAAUGACCAAUGUAAUGAUAAUUUGUCAGCAACCAUUACUUGGAACGUGACCUUUUGCCAUAAAAACCUUCCCGGUAUUUCCCUCUCUUGCAAUUAACCCUCUGUUCUGUUGCAUAUUACUUCCGCAUUCACCACCACUUGUUUGAUAUUGAUGCUUGUCAAAAGCUGGAAUGCUAUUCCUUCUGUUGGUCUCAGGCGUAACACAUAAUCACUUGCACAAUGCCACCGCAAAUCUGAAAAUAUGUCUGGCGUUUACCUUGGUUGCAGCAGGACAUUCACAUGGUUGAGGGAGGAUCAUCACCCUCUGCAAAUUGUAGAGCAUAACAAGUACGUCAAACUUUCACCCUAAAUGAAGGGAAGAAGAAAAUCUGUCCUUUUUAGGACAGUGCAAAAAAUAUUUAAAUAAUAUACAUACUUGGCACAGCAGGAGGAGAGCACAGAACCCAAAUGUUAAAGCUGAAAAAAGAGAAGCAGAACGCGUAUCAUGACUAGCAUGGUACUUACUCAAUGUAUCAUUCCACCAUUACCUCUGGGAGGCCUGCCUCUGUAUAGCUGUACCUUGCUAAUGUAACCUCUGAUAAUUGUGAUCUCAUUGUUCUUUUCUUUAAGGUGGUGGUGCAGGGGAUCCCUGAAGUUUCACGUGCUGUAAUACACAUUGAUGAGCAAAGUGGCAAGGAAAAAUACAAGCUGUUGGUGGAAGGGGACAACCUUCGCUCUGUUAUGGCAACUCAUGGAGUUAAAGGUUCCCAUACAACGUCCAACAACACCUAUGAGGUACAUUGAACUACCUGUUUGCCUAUCCCAGCCCUGACUGUAGCUGCUGAAGACUUUCCCAUUCCUACAUGACGGGUUUCUGUAUGAGGGAACCAAGCCGCUCUUAUUAACAAAGAGACUUGUGAUAACAGGAAGUUAAACUGUUUAAAUACAUAUUAGACAAUUACCAACUGUAUUUUACUCUUGUAACCAGGUGGAAAAGACAUUGGGGAUUGAAGCUUCCCGCUCCACCAUUAUCAAUGAAAUACAGUACACAAUGGUGAACCAUGGUAUGAGUAUUGAUCGACGCCAUGUUAUGCUUUUGGCAGACCUGAUGACUUACAAGGUGAGCAUUGUAGACAGGGUCAUUAAAACGGUACCUUAAAUAUUACUAAAUGAUUGGUUAAUCAUUAGAUAGCUAGAUAAAAAUAUAUAGAGAGAGAAAUAUGUCUGCGUGUAUGUUUUAUGAAAACUAAUAAGAAUCCUGAAAGCUCAGUACUAAUGUAACAAAAUGUAUUAUUGCAACCUGGUGUCCAACUUGCCUUAUUUAGUUUACACUUAGAAGUAAUGUACAUUCUUUUAACAGCUUCUCAAAAUAUAUUUACAAUACACAUUCUAAGCAAGCUGAUGUAGUGGAUGUGGCACGAGGUCUGCUCAGCAGCCCCCUCUCGUCAACUUGCUAAUUCAGAAGUUCCUUAUUAGCAAUGUUAAUUUUGUCUCAAUUUAGACAGCAUCGAUUUGCUGAGCGUGUCAGCAAAUCCAGAUUUGGAUAUUGACAUAUUUAUUGCAGGUGUGGAAUUUCUGCAUAAGCAGUGAGGCCACAUGCCAGUGUGUUUGAGGGACUUUUUGUUUGUGUCAAGUAAUUACAACCGCUGUAGUUUUUAUGUUGCCUUGAGAGCCCCUUUCAAUGUUAUUUUCCAUUAAUAUGAGCAGAAAUGAAAAUCUACAAUUUUCUGAUAUAUAUAUAUAUAUAGGAUAAAGUGAAUUUAGUGGUAAACGGAUCUUCUUUUCAUGAGAAGAACUGUACUAAACCUACAAUGAUUCCGUUCUUAGAAUGGUUACAGUCUUAUAUUUCAUCUGUUGUGCAAUAUUUACUGCCUGAGCAGACAAUAGCACAAGGAACCGUCAGGAACACCAGGAUACACAAGCAAGAUUGUACCUUGAUGCAUGUCUCAUAAACUCAAACUAGUAAUUUGAACCAGUGUUAAAAAUACUAAAUUUUAUGUGUUUUGUAUCAUCAGGGUGGGGUAUCACGGUAUCAUCACAAUGAGUUAAUACCAUGCUAAUAGAAGGGAAAUGGUAGGGAAACUGUAAAUAAAUAAGAAAAAGAGGCAAGAAGAUAUAACAUUUCUAAUGCCACUAGAAAAGUUUCAGUAAAUAACUUAAGAGGCAGAAGACAAAAUAUGUCUUCUAAAUUCAGCAGACGUCUGGGCAUGAACAUUUAGUGCAUUGUGCCUGACCAAACUAUUGGCUGAUGACCAUGUAGCUGCUCUACAUGUGAUCUCAGUGUGUUAGUCACAGCUUCUCAAGAUGAAACCAUAGAUCCCGUGCAAUGUGCUGUCUCUAAACCAGGUUGAACCUGAACAUCCUGAGCUUGACAAGCAGCUGGUAUUGCUAAUACCACCCAAUGUAGGUUUUGAUGCAGCAAGAUCCCUGUGUUGUCCAGAGAAAUUCAGAAAAUACUGUCUCCACCCAUUGGUUUAUGAAAGAUAGUUAUAAAGACAUCAAGCUACCUGCUUUGUAUUCCAUCUUUCCUCCUCAAGAUUAUUGUGAGACUGAAAAAAGACAGCAAGAUAAUCUCCUCAUUGAGGUGAAAAUGUGAGAUGACUUUAGGCCUGAAUUGUGGAAUUGUGUGAAGCUCAACUCUGUCUGGGAAGAACACUGUAAAAGGUUCCUCUGCCAAUAAUACCUGGAUUUCAGCAAUUCUUUUUCCAGAAGUAAUGGUUACCAAUAAAAGACACUUAAGUGUAACUAUAAAAUUAAAUCCAGAGGGGAAAGAUCUGAGAGGAGUUCAAAUGCAGGCACUUGCAUAUGAAUAGAAUUUAAGCUGAGGUGUUUGUCCAGGUCUGCCUUCCUGUAAAAUAUGGGAAACUAUAGCAGAAUAUAUAGUGACAUCUUCACCAUGUGAACAGUCCAUGAAGGCGAUCAAUAUGCAAUAAUAGGUGGAAGACGGUCUUCUUGAUUGUAGUAAGGUAUUGAUUACUGCUUCUAAAAAAAAAAAAAUCCCUUUGAAAUCAAGCUCCUCCAUUCAUGCUGAAUGCUUGUUUACUGAGAUGCAUGUGCUGUUGCACUUUGAGUGAGCAACUUUUGAAGCUUGCGAGGUUCCCAUGGAAAUUCCAUCGCCCUGGACCUAAGGAGAGGAAACCAGGGCCCUUGAAGCCAAUAGGGAAUGAUUGCAAUCACCUGAAGCCAUUCUGUUAUGAUUUUCCUCAGGGUUUUCUAGAUGAGGGGAAAUGGAGGAAAAGUAUAAGCUAUAUUGAAAGACCAAGGGUUGGAUAAGGCAUCAAUGGCCAUAACUUUGGGGUGGAGCCUCUGGAAAAGAAUGUUUGGAGCUGGGUAUUAGAUGCUGUUGCCACUAGAUCCAGCUCCAACAUUCCCCAAUGAUGUGUCAGACGAUUGAAGAUCUGAAGAUGUAGCUGCCAUUCGUUAAGAUCCGGGUCGGUGAUCCAGCUGUGCUGUGGGUACUUCCUUGUCAGUUUAUGUAAGCCACUGCUGCACAUUGUCCGUCCUGAGUUUCACCCAUGUCCCCUUCAGGAAGUCUUGACAAUGAAGCAGUGUUAGGCAGCUCUGAGUUCUAACAAGGUUGCCGGAAUCUUAGAAGCCCUCUUGUUCCAUCUCCCUUGGGCAUUCAUAUGAAAAUGCAAAUAAGCUCCCAUCCUAAUCCACUGGCAUCUGUGGCAAGGAAUAUUCAAUUUAUCUUUUAAGAGGAUAAACCUUUACUGAGAUUUGAAGCAGUUUUGCCACCACUUCAAAUAUUUUCAAAGACUCUCUGAGACCAUGAUUCUUUUGGACCAAGAAUACCUGACUGGGUUGAAUUUCUUAAAAAAAGGCUUCUGGGGAGGGCAAACGUCCCAAAGAGCCCAUUUUACCAAUCUAAUUGUUGAAGUCAAAUUUCCCAACAUGCUAAUGAAUACAUCUGCUGGGACUGGUUUCCUUGAGACCACUUGUCAACCCUUCAGCAGCAAACGUUCUCUCCUUUCUUGAGAUGUAAAUACCAUACCCAGAACUGUACUAAAUGAAACUCGUAGAAAGCAGAUCCUCUGGAGUUGAACUAGUUAGUUCUGUUAGUAAUUGAUCCAACCAAACCUCUGGAGCGAUAGAAAGGCCAUAUCUCUUUGAAAGAGCAGGUUUUGUUUUGAUUUCCCCACCAAAAGAACAUCAUCCGAAUUAUAAAAACGAUUUGGACACUGUUGUCUUAGAGCUAGAAGGACUUUUGAAAAGGUCCAUGGGGCUGUGCUUAACCCAAAGGGCGUAGCUUUGAAUUGGAAGUGAUUUCUCAGAAUUGCGAACCCUUAUAAUUUUUUUUUUUAUGAUGUGCAAUAGGAAUAUGUAAGUAGGCAUCCUUUAGGUCUAUGGAGAUUAACCAAUCAUCUUGACGCUCUACAGAGAUGUUUGGAGACAGGGAUUUAAUCCUUCAUUUUCAGAUCUUGAGAAAAAAGUUCUGUCUGUGUAGGUGUAGAAAUAGACACCAAUCGUCUCAUAGCUUUGGAACCAGAAAGAAGAUGGAGUAGAUUCCAUUGACUCUUUCUUCAAUUUGUUAUUCUUGCUAUAACUUUGCCCUUAAAAAGCUUUGAGAUGUCUCUUAUCCAAGCAUUUCUCUUGACUUUCCAAAGAAAUUUCUCCAGAUUUUCUAAAAGUGAUGAAGACCUCCAACUUCUGGAAUCUGGGGACCCAAACCUUUAGAACUGACAUUUUAGAUGCGUUGGUGAAAAUUAGAUUUACCUUUGGAAGACUGUUCUACUUUCCAAGCUGAUGUCCUGGAAAAAAUGUUUUUUGAUUUGUAUGAUCUAGACUCACAACAGGACUGUCUGCUAUUAAAGGAUCUUCAGUCUUGCCAAGUCUAGGAACCUUUCUUGUCCAUACGAAACUGUGGAAGAAAAACCUUCUUUCCUUUCGAAGCUUGCUUAAUAGCUCCAUCCAAAAGCUUUCCUAAUAGGAGUUGUACUUGAAAGGGCAUACCACACAAGCUGUUCUUUAAAAACAAAUUUGCAUUCCAUGUCUUCAGUCACAUAGGCCUACAUGCUAUGUUUCUAGCAAGAUCACUAACCAGAUCAACGGAUGCAAAUUUAAAUUAAUUCUGCUGCACUCUUGAGCUCAAAAAGUGAUUCCAUCAUAGAGGUUCUGCAAACUCCUUUUUCAAUAUCUUCCUCUAGAAGGGCUAGCCACCUUAUAAGCGCUUUAGCCACAGAAGAUAAGGCUUUUGCUGGUACAUAAUUUUUACAUCAAUUCUUCCAUUUGGUCUCAAAUUUUACCCCUACAUCUAGGGGUAAAGCUAUGUUUCUGACCAAUUUAAUAAUGGAAGCGCAUUAAUUUGCGUGCUAAAUCCCAUGAAGAGGAAUCUUCUUCUGUAAAGUGAUUAAUGUUAGUCAUUUUUUCCUUAAAUGGUUACAUCCUUUUCUAGUUUCUUCCAUUCUAAUGGAAAAACAAAAAAGCUCCUUAAGUGCCUUGUGGACUGGAAAGGAGGGUUUCUUCAUUUUCAGCUCUGGGAAAAUGUUGGAUGAGGACGAUUUUACCUGGUCAGAUUCUUUCAACUUUAAUGUGUAUGUCACAGCCUUUAUCAUUUUUUCAGUUUUUACAAUCUUUCGAUCUUCUGCAGAAUCUGUAUUAUCUUAAGAAUACAUCCCUUCAAAUUUUUCAAUAAGAAAUUCAGCCUCAGAAAUAUCAGUGAAAUUUUUUCAUUAUCUAUAUCUUAUAAAUCUAGUACACUUGCUGGGACCAUUGUUGUUCCAUACUUAGGUCCACCACCAUCUGCGUCUAUUUUUAUGUUUCUUGAGAUUCCUUAGCAUGCUCUGCUGCAUCAUAUUGACAUGAGCUAAAUUUAUUCCCCUCUAAUGCAGAGGCAUGCACUUCUGUCAGACUUGUGGGACUUUUUUCCUCCUCUUCCUCUAGAUGUUCCAGGAGAUACAUGUUCAGGGACACUGCAAAAAAUCCAAAUUGUCCAGAAUUAGCUGAUUUAAGCACUAUUUUCCCUUGCUAAAAAGCUAAAGGAGCUUACCUUUAGUGCCUUGAAGGAGACCCCAUGGAUGAUCUAGAGGCAGACACAAAGACCGCUAAAAAUAGAAUAAGCAAAAAUGUGUGGGGGAAUAAACUUAUAUUGGAAAAAGAAAAAAGGUUACUACUUACCUGAACUAACACGCCGCCAAACAAAUGAGCCAAGAGCCUCAAAAGCAGGACCAGGAGAACGGGAGAUGUUGGGAACAGAAUUUAUAGAAGAGUUUGAAAAAAAUGUGCCCUGCAGGAGAUCUAGAAUUCUCCAAUCCAUAUAGUGCCAGCACACAUGCUCAGACAGCAGAACAAGAAUCAUUUGGACAUCAGAAGAAUGUGUGCAUUUGCUGAACAGAAUUGAAGAUGCUGCAAAAUCAGAAAGAGCAGGAGAGACGAGUAGAAUAAACUGCUGUUGACAAACAUGUAUAUAACCAAAGAGCAUUACUGUAAAAGCCCUAUAAUGCUAACAUGGAGGUCUCCAUAACAAAAACAAAGUUGCAGUAAAAGUUAAUCUCCAAUAACACUACGCGAAGGAUCCCUGCAAAUUUGAUAGAGUUCCUGUAACUAAGGAUAACCCUCCUCCCCAGUGGCUGUUCCUAAAUAAGUGGGGGCAUCCAAGAGAAGGAAGGCUGAUCUCUCUUGGGAAAUACCAAAUAAAAAUUAGCCAAAUCAAGCUAAAAUAAAAAGUUAGGUAAUAAUACAUUUACACAACCAAGAGAGCAGGAACGAAAUAUGGAGACCUAUGGAAAAUGUCUUAUCUAUAAUUAAUAUCCCGUCCUACACAGCCAAGUGGGCAUAGCUAACCCGGUUGUGAUGCUGACAUAGAUUUUUUUUUUUUUAUAUAUAUAUAUAUAUUUUAUAUAUAUAUAAUAUUAAUUUUUUUAAGUCCGACAUUGCAGGAACUAAAUUUCCUGGAGAGUGUAAGAAUUCAGGUACCAGUACUUGUAUCUCUCACAAACCACAGUAAAUAUUGUAGUAAAGCAUGCCUACUCUCUCUGGGUGCUUGUACAUAUUCAUGCAUCUUACUGUACCAGACAGGAAUUAUCCUACUGGAUUAAUCAGGAUGGCUGAAAGAGGGCAUCCUCUGAAUAUCAGCAAUUUUUUGUGAGCUUUGCUGUUGACAGGGGGCAUUGAAAUGAGAAGUUAGAACCUUUACUUGCCACAAUGGGGUGCAGAGCCUGAUUGGUAAGUUUCAUUUUCCUGUUAUGUUGUCUGUGGCAGUGGAGGGAGACAUUAAAAGAACACUAAAGGGUCAGGAACCAACAUGUAUUGCUGACCCUAUAGUGUUAAAAUCACUGCCUAGCCCCCCUUGCCCUCUCUUGCCUCCCUAAAUCUAUUAAAAUCGUACCUUUUUUCCAGUCUGCUGGUGUUGGCUCUGCCCCUGAUCUGCUGCCUUGACUGAUAUGUUAGAAAAGCAUUGGAUUGGCUGAGAUUGUCAAUUCUGAUGAUUUCAGCCAGGGCGGCUGGCAUGGGGUGGAGCUAAACGCUACCCUGGCCAAUCAGCAUCUCCUCAUGAGGGAAGUUCAGUGUCUCCAUGCAGAGGGUGGAGACACUGAAUGGCAGUGCUGCACACUGUGCAACACUGCCUCAUUAAGCACCUCUAGUAGCCAUCUAAGGCCAUUUGAAGUGCCCCUAGACUGUAAUGUAAACCUCCUUUUCUCUGAAACAUUAAGCUGUAGUUGUUCUGGUGACUAUAAAGUCCCUGUAAUUUAGUUGACUUUGCAUCUUAACCAGAGGUUAACCAUCCCUGUUACUGAACCAAAAAAAAAACCUUGUAUUUGAGCUAUAGCUUUAUUCCACUGCAAUUUAAGGGAUUCGCUUCAAAUUCCCCAAUACAUAGGGACAGAAAGGGCUUUAAUUUGAUGUGACAUAUGCUGACUUUCAGCCUGCAGCUCAUCAAAAGUCUGGGGCCACAAAAAAGACCCCCAACUGACAGAGGGAAGCCCCAGGUAUCUAUUGAGACCUGGUUUUCUUGAUGUGAGCAGGGUUUAGCCAUGCUCACACUACAUUGCUGUCUAUGGGGAUUUAAAUCCCCAGUGAAAGAACUGCAUGUUGAUCUCACUCUGAGCUUUGCAUGCAGCUAGGCUGUCAGUCUCGGGCUACUAGAAAUGGCUUCCACUGACAGAGAGGAGCCGCAGGUAUCUAUGGAUACCUGGGUUUCCUGGUGUGAGCAGGGGUUUAACCCUACUCACACUGCAAUCUAGUUAUAUGCAUAUAAAUGCCUAUUUAAAAAGCACUUUGCAUUGCUUACUUCAGGCACAGCAAACAGCUCAUCAAAAAAAGUCUGUGCCACUUAAACUGGCCCCAGCUGACAGAGGAGCCGUACCAGGUGUCCAUUGAUGUCUGUACUACCUGGUGUGAGCAGAGAUUUAACCCUGCUCACACUAAACAUGCAGGGUAUUUUAUGCAGCCUUACUUUAUGUAGAAACGCUCUAACAGCAUUAAGUGGUUAAAAUGCAGAUUUUUGUCACAUAUAGGGCCGGUGUAAUGAAAAUUAUGCACCAUCUGGAGUGUGGCCAUGUUAAAUCCCACAUCAGGUUGUGUUUGAAAGCCUCCUUAAACACACACACACACACACUCCCUUCAUGUUUUAUGAACCAUAGUAAAGCACAUCUGGUGAAAACUGAGAUCUACUAAUUAUUAGGAUAGAAUGUACUUCAGAGGUUAUUAUGUCACAUUUAGAAUAAAGGAAGAAAAGCAGGCUAGUGAAGUGUGGCUAUUUAUUCAUGAAGUUAAAACGAGGAGCUUUGGUAUGCAGCACUUUAUAAGCACUGGAAUUUUAAAUUGAACCCUCGGGGGGCUGGGACACUGCACAGCUCAUUGAAGUGGUCUGGGUGCCUAUAGUGUCCCUUUAAGUUUUGUAACUAAGCCACUGCAGUGUGCAAAUAAAGUUUCACCAGAAAGCAGUACUGGUUGAACCAUUGUUUUAUUAAUUUUAAAUAUUUUUAUUUUUUUUUAUUUAUUUUUUUACUACACAUCUGCUCCCAAACUCUGACUUUUCUUCUAGAUUUCCAGUUUCACCAUUCCCUUUUCCGCCCUCUUUCUUAUAGGGUGAAGUCCUGGGCAUCACUCGCUUUGGCUUGGCAAAGAUGAAGGAAAGCGUCUUGAUGUUGGCUUCCUUUGAGAAGACCGCUGAUCAUCUUUUUGAUGCGGCCUAUUUUGGACAGAAGGAUUCUGUGUGUGGUGAGAGAUCUCAGUGGUUAUGUAUUUUACCUAUAUUGGACUAUACUCUAAUAUCCGCUGCUUAAAUAUUAAAAACCUAACAGACAUUUUUUGGGGGCUGUUUUCCUACCAGUUUCUAAAAUUAAAGUCUUACUAUUGUCUUGAAACCCACCCAAAACUUCACUAAUACAGACACAAAGCCUUUUGCAAACAUGCAAAGCAUUGUGUUUUUAAGUUUAAUUUCUUUGUAUUUUUUUAAGCACCUAAAUAAUGUUUAAUCUCCCAAAUGCAGAAUAAAAUCAAUAUCAAGUAAAUUAGAGUAAAUUAUUAACUACCGUAUAUACUCGAGUAUAAGUCGAGUUUUUCAGCACAUUUUUUGUGCUGAAAAACCCCCACUCGACUUAUACUCGAGUUAAUGUCUGUAUUAUGGCAAUUUACAUUGCCAUAAUACAGACAAGGACCGCCGGGCUCAUUACAAGCCCGGCGGUCCUGUUGGGGGCUGACAGUGAGAGGUUACUUACCUUUCCUGCAGCUCCUGUCAGCUCCCUUCUCCGUGCAGCUCUUCUGACAGCUCCCACUGGAAGUCUCGCGAGAGCCGCGGGGUCACCGCGGCUCUCGCGAGACUUCCAGUGGGAGCUGACAGAGGAGCUGCACUGAGGAGAAGGGAGCUGCAGGAAGGUAAGUUAACUCUCACUGUCAGCCCCCCCCUCCUGCACAGCCCAUCCACUGGACCACCAGGGAGUGAGAGCCCCCCUCCCUGGCCAGCUAACAAGCAGGGAGGGGGGACAAAAAUUUUAUUUAAUUAAAUAUACAAAAAAAAAAAAUACAAUAAAAACUAUUAAAAUAAAAAAACUUAAAAUAUUAAAAUAAAAUAAAAUUAAAUAUUCAAAUAAAAGAAAAGAAAAAACUUAAUAUAAAAAAAUAAAAAACUUAAAUAUUCAAAUAAAAGAAAAGAAAAAAACUUACAAUAUUAAAAUAAAAAAUGUAUAAUAAAAAUGCCCUCCUUCCACCCAGUUCACAAACACACACUCAUACAAACACACACUCUGCAUUAUAUACACACACACUCCUACAAUCUGCAUUCUACACACACACACUCUGCAUAUAUAAUGCAGAGUAUGUGUGUUUGUAUGAGUGUGUGUGUAGAAUGCAGAUUGUUUGAGUGUGUGUGUGUAUAUAAUGCAGAGUGUGUGUUUGUAUGAGUGUGUGUGUAUAAAAUUCUAAAAUCACAGAAUUUCAUAGUCCCAAGUUUUACCCUCGACUUAUCCACGAGGCAUAGCAUAUUUCACAAUUGUUGGUCACAAACGUGCCCUCGACUUAAACAUGAGAUCGACUUAUACACGAGUAUAUACGGUAUGUAAAACCAAACAAUUCUGUACUUAUUUGUAAGCUAAAUGUCCGUGAGCAUUUCUUAAUUUGUCACUCACUCUCUGUCCCCUAGUAAAAGUGCAUAUUAUUAGAUACAACAUUUCUUCAUAAUGUUAAGCAGUAGAUACAUAUCACAUGGUGCAGGGGAGAAGUCACUUAAUCAAAUUAAUACCAAAGGAAAUGUAUUGAUACAAUAACAGAUGUUCUUCCUGCAGCAUUUAAAUUCUAUACUGAGGAAAGUGUUUCAAUUUGUCAUUGAUGAGCGCUCACUGACCCUCUUCUCUCACUAUUUAGGGGUCUCAGAAUGCAUCAUAAUGGGUAUCCCAAUGAACAUUGGAACUGGCCUCUUCAAACUUCUCCAUAGAGCAGACAAGGACACCAAUCCUCCCAAAAGACCUCUUAUCUUUGAUCAUAAGGAUUUUCACAUCCCUGUCAUCAGCACGUAGCUGGUCAAUCGUGAUCGAAGACAAACAUUUGUCCCUGGCGUUCUUGGGAGACUAUGGUUACUAACGGUGACAUUUUCACUUGAGCCCCUUUUAAUGCCAGGAAACCUGUGAUGCAUGAAGUGAUGGUGAAAUGAAAAACUAUAUUCUAUGUAGAACAGUUGUGUUGUAAAUAUAUUGUAUUGUAUUUCUAUGCUUCAAACAAAACUGUGGUUGUUUAUGAGAAGCGGCAGAGCACAUAUCUUGUCCCAUAACUUUAGUUGCACUCUCCGGAUCUUGAAUACGCAGUUUUACACUGGUGACGUUAUGGAGUUGGAGGGAACUGACUGAACGCUGGGUGUUGGAACAAAUCAAUUCGCCUGAAACUAUAAUUAUAUAUUUGUUUACACUACUGUGUGUUAAAAUCUAAAUGGCACACUAUAACUUAAACAUACAUAAAACUGUGUUGUAACAGGUCUUUUUAUUUAGACCAUGCCUAACCGUUAGCUAUGAUGUGUUUAUACAGAACACAACACAUCCGUGUGCUUUCGCCCUCUUUAUAGGUAUUUUAUUAUCUAAACUGUACAAAGUGGCGGCUGGGUGGGUGAGAUAAUCUUCAGUGUUCGUUUCGUAUUUUUAAGAACUGUAAUUGUAGCCUUUGUUGGAAGCACUUGAGUAGUAGCUAGCUUGUUAAAUGCACCUUGUUUAAAAGGCAGAGAAAGAGUUUAUUAGCCCCCAUUGAAGGAUUGCAUGUCUUGCCUUCUAUACUUAACACUGGUGGUAGCUCUGUUACUACCUGCAGUAACUGAGUUAAGCAUUUCAGAUUAGAUUACACUAGUUAAAAACCACAUUGUUAUGAUAGUUUAGACCAUCGUUGGUCCUUAAACAGAUAACCUUGGCAGAAUAAAUUACCCAGUGAUGCUGCAACAAUAUUUACAGGCCCUGUGGGUUUCCAAAGAUGAUGUGUGAUGUUGUGUGCACUGAAUGCCCUCCCACCCAGAAAAGUAGUACAUUUGCCACCUAUGUGAUUCUAAAUAAUUUAUGUAAAUCGACCUGUCCUCUAAUGACUGGUGCUUCAAAGAUCAUCCCUCUGUUCUGCACUGCGUUAUCACUGCACUCAUUGCACUAGAGAACUGCAGUUAUUAACCCUUGUACAGCAGAUCAAAAGGGAGUUUCAAACCAUUCAUGGAGAGAAUGGCAUGUAAGAUUGAUUAAAGUGUAAAUCAUUAGAAUUUCUUAUAUCACCUGAAUGUUUUCAGUUUGCCUUGUAGUGUAGGACUUCUCAUUCUCCUCCUAGGUCACAGGGCUGUGUCUUGGUUAGACAGCUAAUAGAAAUGACAGAUUACUUUGGAAGGAAAGUUCUUUAUUUAAUUUGGUUUGGUAUGUGCAAAGUUAACUUAUGUUACUGUAAAUAAAAAGUAAGAUAAAAAUCA